CUGCAGUUAACGGCCAUUAGAAAAGUUUUGAAUGGAAUGAACAUAGCUGCAGUUACUUCUCUGGAAGGCUUUAUUUGCCCGGCAUGUUUGGUAGAUUUUCCGGGUGCCGUAAAACUACAAGACCACUGGUUGAAUUUUCAUUCGCCAAACACCUCAAGCGUGCGCGCAUCAAAGACUUCGAAUGAUUAUGAGGAAAUUCCCGAUGAUACUCCGUCAAAUUCUACAUCUCAGGUUUGUAUUUUUCACUAUUUGAUAUUUUCCGACUGCUUAUCGUUUGAGAUGAGCUUGUAUAUGGCGAUUCUACGCGGGUGUUUGUAUUCGCUUCGCAGCGGGUUCUGCUUUUAGAAGCUAGCCUCUUGCCCAAGGCGUUCGUUCAUUAGGGAAAACAUUCAGGGAUAACUCAAUUUAAACGCUGUUUUGCGCUUUAUCGUGAACAUCAGGAUGCUCUGCUGCAGUGAUAAUUCUAUAACAAAAUGUCAAUAAUAUUCUCGUUAUAUUUAUUCGCGGCCAUUUUGCUAAUAGUUUGAAAGUCGGUAAGGGGUCUCUGAAUUUGCAAGUCCUACGCGUGAAAGUAUGUAAGCGUAUUUGUCUAAGGAAAAUUAAAAUACAAUUUAAAAAAAGACUUAACUACCUUUUAGCUGUACCUGAAGUAACUUACUAUCAUGUUAAAAUAAAUAUAAUUUUCUUUUUCGAUAACUGCCUCGCGUACUCUAAUGAAAACUGGCUCGAAGGUUUCUUGAGCAAAAUAUUUUUUAUGAAAAUCGUCAGAAAUAUUUUGCAUCCGCGGCGCUGUGGUCACCCUUUCAAUACUAAGUUUAACCCUCAAAGCUCAUAUAAGCAAAAAGCUGGAAUCUACCGAACUAUGUUAGGUCCACACAUAUUUGAUGAGGUAUUUUGUAAUACGAUUCUUUGAUCGAGUUUUCCUGAAAACCAUGCGCCUUCUCAGUGUUGCUUUGUAUCGAAUUAACUUUUUUUGAAAUCUAUUAAUCUGAUUCUUUGCUCGUAUUUGACCUUUUUAUUCCCGCUUCAGUUAAAUUAAAUUAACCCUCAAAUCACUUCAGGCAACAAAAUGCCUCAUUAGCAUAUGAAUGCCAAAUAUUUAUUUUCGUCUAGAAAUUAAACUGCUUUGUAGUCAAAAUAAUAAAACUGUGAAUGAUGAGUUAUUUGUAAACAAAUGUUGUUCUAUUUAUUUUUAAAACUCAAUAUCUGGUCAUGGCAAAUAUUCUGUUGCAAAGAAUGACUUCUUAACAUGCCCUGUAACCUACUAAUGAAUUAGCUGGGAAGUGAUAAAAUUUAUCACUUCCCAGCUUAUAAUGAAGCAAGUCGGUGUGUGAAGGAUUUUGUUAAUAGGCCUCUCAUAACUCUUUGAUUUGGUCAAAUCCCCUUGAUUACAUAUGCCCAAUUUUGUCUCCCCUUGUUCAUUCUGAACAAAGCAAGUCAUAUUUAAGCCAGGCAAUAUAUGCAAAAAAGAAAAAUAUAUAUAAUUUAAAAUUUAGGAGCAAAUAAAUAAUGAAAUGACAAUCAUAGAGUGAACAAUUGCUUUCCAAGGCUGAAAAUAACAGCUUAUCAAAUUAUGGACACUGACCACCCUGAUCACAGACUUGAGUGGCCAAACUUUUGUUUUCUUGGUCAUUUGACUUGUCAGUUUCAGGUUAUUACAAACAUUUUAAGUUUUCCUGUUCAUUGAUCUGUUUUGUGGUAUAACGCUGCAUUAAUAGCAAUAUUUUACUUGGUGGUUUGAACUAAACCCUUUGAGAAUUAAUUUCAUGUUGGCAUGCCCAGAAAGCAAGCAACAAACAAAGCGAAUUCAAACAAACUAGUCAAUAAGCAGCAUAAUAAUAAUAAUAUUGUGAAAUAACACACUGUACUUUUAACACUGUCUGCCUUCUUUUAAGUGAAAUACAAUGCAAACUCACCAAAGGUACUCCCUCGAGGAGCAGAAUUUUUUGCAGGGGCUAUAAAAAGUCAAGUAGUUUUUACCUUCAUCUUGACAAAACUGCUAAUAAAAAUUAAUUAUAACAAAAAUUAAUUCAUAACAUCAUAACAUACCCUUCCUUUCAAUGUUCAGUUGACGCCUCUGGCUCAUGAAAACACAAACCAAGAAAAACAGAAACUGUGUUAAUAAAUCAGAACAACAAUUGUUGAAUUUCAGAUGGUUCCGUUGUAGUUUUUGUUACAUGCUAGAGGUGUUACAAUGUAUAUGCACGUGUGAUCAACACACCAUUUCUGCUAAAUGGGUCAUGCACGUGCAGUUGCACAAGAGGUUAAAGCAUGUGCAAACAAGAAAUUUUGACCUUUACACUUAAAGAAAAAAUUCUUAUGAAACCUUUAAAACCCAAAAUUUGCAGUUCAUUGAGUACACGUACAUUGUAAGUAACUAAUCAUCGCCAAUUUGAAGAGUAGAUUCUGAGAUACAGGAAAAGUAGAAGAGUGAAGUUAUGGUGGUAAGUUACAUGUAUGACUACACUGAGCUCUGAAUGAAUUCUUAUGUAACUACAAUCUGUACUGUACUAAGAAGAAUGAAGUCCAGUGGAACACACUGACAUCCUUAAAAUCAAGUUAUCUAUUAAGCUUCAUAGUGUAUUUGCUCAAAUUAAGGGGAAAAGUGAAUACUGUAGAAUAUUAUCCAGCUUUCUGCAGAGCUAAAAUAUGUUUGUCCAGUCAUUGUGAAGUGAAUUAAGUGAAGUGACAACUUAAUAUUUAAAGAGGAUAAACACUGGGCAGUUUUGAUAUGAAAUAAUGAACUUGUGGCCCUUUUAGUCAAUUUUUGACUGGCAAGUUGUCAUCCUCUGUUUCAGCUUUUAUUAACGCAUUCUAUAAAAUACUUAAUGUGCCCUUACUUUAAGGGUGGACAGCUUGUGUGAUGCUGUGUUUAUAAUUGCCUUGUGGCUGUCUGCUUUUAGGCCUUGAACGUGUCAUAAUAACCACUUGUUUUUUGACAUAGAUUAAGAGUUGUAAUAUUGUUACAGUAUCCUGACCUUGACAGUAUAGGAGUUGUUUAUUGAUCAAAACUUUUACUGACAACUCUGCCGGCUAAUAAUCAUGUGAAGCUUGAAUAUAGUCUCAGUAGUUUUGAAUAAAAGCUUCUGUUAAAUAGAUUUAUUUUUCUUCAUUUUUACCAUAUUCCGCUAUCACUUAGGGAAAUUUUUGUUUUAUUCUAGUUUCAUCUUAAUGAAGAGAAAGAGAGGGGUGUUGUUUUUUGGAGCAAUUUUAUGGAAAAUUUUAUGUUUUACGCUGUGAUCUUGUGUUUUUUUUAAGACAUUAUGGGAUUUUGGUAUUUUUCAAGUACUUUAUUGUGUUGGCACCUCAUUUAUUUCCUCCUUGAAACAGUUACUUUUGCUGUCCAUAAUGUGAACAUGUCUCUAAAUGCCUUGAGACUUAACUGGCUGUUUUUUGACCAGUCCAUCAGUGUAAUAGCUAGUCUUAUAGGCAGCUUACUACUUAAGCCUUUAAGUCCCAAUACUGACCAACAUCAAUUUUCUCCUAACAAUAUCCAUAGAUUGUCAAGAGAUUAGGUUGUGAGAAUUAAUAUAAUGAUCACCAAAAGGAAAAAUGCUUUGCUCUUUUGUCAAAUUCUUUUAACUAAUUUGUUCACCCUUUAAGCCCCAGUAUCCACAUACAAAUUCUCCAAACUGAUCUCCAUACAUCUCCUUUAAGAAUUAGUUAAGAGAAUUUGAUAAAAGAUCAUGGAAUUUUCUCUAUGAUGAUCAUUGUGUUAAUUCUCAUAACUUUAUCUGUUGACAGCGAAUGAAUAUUGUUAGGAGAAAAUUGUUGUUGGUCACUAUUGGGACUUAAAGGGUCAAAGAAAUGUAUGAAGAUCAGUCUGGAGAAUUUGUAUAGUUGAUAUUGGGACUUAAAGGGUUAACAUAACAUUGGCUGCCCAUUACAGCUUGAUUCAUAGCAAUGAUCAAACAGCAUGACUGUCAACUCGGAGGAUUUGUCCAAUCACCACCCUUCCAUUUCUGACUCUGAUCACAAGACAAAUGACAUGAAAUUUGCCCUUUCACCCCCAGUGUGAAUGACUUUUGAAAUCGAUGAUAUCCUGUGGUGUGACCAUUUGAAUGAAACAUCUUUGGUGGCACUUUCACAUUGCACUAUUUAUUUUUCAACGUGAAAUUUGGAAAUGUUGUUGAUUAAUUUUUUUGAUUUUGGUCACUAUUGAAACAAACCCAGUAAUAAAAUUUAAAUAUUUCAAAACUGGUAACUCAGGUCCUUGGAAACAUUUGAAACUUUUUUAUUUGAAAAGGAACUACAUCAUGUAUAUGUUGUGGUUUAAUGUUAUCCUUGAUUUAUAUAUAUAUAUUUAAAAAUUGUUUCAAAGUCAUGACUAUGCCUUAUCAUUCAUUACCAUACCCCAAAAAACAAAAGAAAAAUAAUAAAAUGUAAGCCAUGGACCACAACAUUUACAUUUUUUACAACUUUGAUAUUUAAUGUUACUUUGUCAUUGUUCUUGCAUUGUUCAAUAAAUCCUGUACAACAGUGACCAGCUAGUUCAGUGACAUUUCACAUUGUUAAAAGCUCUUGAAUCAAGUGUUGAUAAUUCUCACAUUGAUUUUGAAAUAUGGCUGGAAUUCAUGUUGUCAUUCCAGAAGGCUAUAAGGUUUCAUAUAGUGUUACUUUCAACAUGAUAUGAUCAUUAGCUAUAUACUGGCUUUUUUGCUCACACGUAAACUGUUACAGACAGUUGGUUUUGGUUAUAGUUUUGGUUACAAAUUCGAAAAGCUUAAUUCUGUUGAGAUUUGCAUUCAAGAGAAGACGAACACUACCAAAAAUUUAACAAUUCUGUGAGUAAGUUAAUAUUUAUAUGUUUUCGUGUGAUGGAGGUCAGCUUAAUUGUCUGAUCAUGUCUGAUCUUUAAGCACUUAGUUCAGUUCAAUGCAAGCGUCUGUACUUGUAUUGGAUUAACUCUUUCACUGCCAAAUGUAGCCAAACGCAAAUUUCGACCAAACUUCCAAAUUUCAUUUUCUAAAAUUUUGAGAAACAAAUAGUAUCAGGUGAAAGUACCGGCAGAGAGCUUUCAUUUGAAUGGUCACAUCAUAGGAUUUGGUCCACAGACUCAAAAGUUAGAGCCACCUUACAAAACCCCGUCAAGCACUUUGGCAGCGAAUCCCAAAGGUCAACACGUUGUACCUUUCUCUGAGAGGUUGAUCGUUUUAAUUAAGUUUUGUUUGCUUGAUGAGCUUACAUGCAUUUUGUUUGCUUUUUAGGUUAACAGAAAUCAACGGCUAUGUGAUCAUGUCUUUAAGUCUGACCUCUUAGCUCUUCUAGAGCCAUGCGGUUUUUGUGGAAAAGAUAUUGAUGGGGAAGGAAAAAUAUGCAAAGGUAAAGCUCUACGCUUUAAAUUAUACAGGCCCGCUACAAUCUGUCAGUUCUUCUUGUAAAAUUAUAGCUGAAUCCUUCGCUGUGAAGCCUUUUACAUAACAUGGUCACCUCUCUGUAUUCACUGAAUGUACUCUUUGCCCCUUCCAAACUUGUAUAAUACAAAAACCAUGGAGAAGCAUACAUUUGUUUUCGGUCCAUCUGAUGUCUGCUUUGGGGAGAUCUCUCUGAUCCCCUAAUGUUAAAAGUAUAAAGUAAAAUUAAUGAUACUUAUACAUGUUUAUGUUAUAAGUUAAUUAAAGCAAAUAGAAGAAUUCAACAUAGCAGUCUAAUGUGUUGAUUAGAGAAUGACAUGCAUGCAUUACCUAUAAUAAGAUCUUGUGAAGCUUAAUUUAAAUAUGGACAGAAAUAUGCACAAAUUUGAUCAAUUCUUUGACUUUUUUCACAUCUCCAACAAGACACUCUUUUGGCCCCCAAGUUUUGCAUGGGCUAUUCUUUUCAAAGGCCUCAGGAAUUUGCAGUUCUCCUAGGACCAUUUAAAAAGCAUUAGUUUAUGACAAAUUUGAGGGGACAAGAAGCGGGGGAUGGGGCAAACAGAGUGUAUUUUGGGGAAUUCAAACGCAGAGAAUUAGAUUAAGUAAAUCUACUCGUUUACUGAUGUGGUUAUUUUUUAAUAUCAAUUUCAGUAUUAUGAUGUUGCUUAUUUUUCAGGUUGCAAUUACCAUUGUCACGACAAGUGUGAAAGAAUGGUAGGUAUAUCAUUAAUAUACAAGGAUGAGUUUUCUCCUAUUCAUUGUACUGUAUGUAAAGUACUGAGAAGUCCACAAGUUUUCAGGGAUUCAUCUUGUCUUCUUGUAGCUUUGCAUUUGUUGCAUGUUAGUCACUGCCUUAUUGUGUACUUGUAAUAUUUCCAACGUUAUAACCCUUCAGGUCCUAUCAAAGUUAAUUGGCAAGUUCCCUGUAAUUGAACAUUUUACUGCUUGCAUUUUUUAAGGUCAAGGGGUUGUGCAACAGGCAAGGAUCAGUGAACUUAGCACAAAAUAAAUCCAAGGUAACAUUAUCAUCAAUAUUUCAGUCAUUUGUCUCUAAAAAAAAUACAAUAUUAUAAACGGUGCCAAUGGCUGAAUUGCGGAGGAACCAGAGAGGUGAGAUCGGACAUCAGCAUGUAAAGGCACACACUUGCAGCCACUUCAGUCCAUGUUUUGAUUACACCUCACCCACCCAGACCAAUGACGGCACAAGUCUGAUAGACCAUGACAUCAGGGCCUACAUCCCCUACUCUUACAUACAAACAUACAUACAAAACCUUUAUUAAAGUGUCUAAUCAUUCUAGUGCCUAUUGGCACUAAUUGGGGACACCAAUGUCACGGGUUCUUUUACGCCCCCUUCCAACUGAAGUACAGGGGAAGGUAUUCUGUUUUUAUAGUUGUCAUUGAAUUUAUUAGGAGCUAAUUCAGAGAGUCUGUAACAUUACAGAAGAAUUUUCUGAAAGAGGCUCCAUGUCUGAAUAAAAAAUAGCCAUAGACUACCGAACGUUAGCAGGAGAACUAGUGUGCAUAGUAAACCGAGAAUUCUCUGAUCUCUGAUGCCUAAUAAACAGCCUGGCUAUCUACUGCUCAAAUGGUUUUUGUUUGUACAGUUAGAGGUUACUUUCAACCAGGUUCACCAAGUCUGACUCUGGUCUCUUUGGGAUUUUCAUAUGGGACUGAUUUCUGGCCACAUAUAUCUGUGCUGUGCUGUGCAUGCACAAUAGCAACCGGAAUACUAAAAUUAAUUUUCAUUACUUGAUUAUCUUCUAGUUUGCCAUUUAACUUAUAAUAUUAGUAACACAAUCCAGCAUGGGCUUUUUACUUGGUGCAUCAGUUACGUAGGCAAACCAGUUGGGCAUUCCACUGCAGCUUGAUUUAUUAGUUUGUGUGUUUCUGAAGCAACCUUUGUUUAUAGCAGAAGGAUUAAAAAUGGUUUUCUUGUGUUUGCUGUAAUUUUUAGUUUUUUUUAAAGGUUGAUUGAGUUUAUUUCAGUGUCAUGCUUGCUGUCACCUGUGAGUAUUCUUAUUUGUUCCUGUUGCUUUAACUUUUUCAGACAUUGCCCGAUGAUGAAAUUAGUAGAAAAACUGUAAGUAUUUUACCUAGAUGUGUAGCAUUUAUAAAAAUGAACUUACAUAUAAAUUCAACAGAUGGCGUGAAAAUUAAACGUUCCAACUUAAUUAUUAUUUUGGUGCAUCAUAGCUGUCUCUCUGUUUAUAUUUCAGCGAGUUCCAUCUUCUCCCAAAAACCUUGUCACAAACAUCUGUCAUCACAUGCGACACAGAGUCUCAAGGUUGGUACAAAUUUGUCAUGUGCGGCCACAAUGUUGAUGUCAUCUGGGUGUUGGUAUUUGUGGACACUUACACAAGCGUGUAGAAGGACACAGAAAGAAAACAUCUUCAAUUUGUAAACACUACACUCAUGAACGCAAUGGUAUAAUACCUGAGCGACUUAUUGAGCAGUUUAGCGUCCUGGCUAAAUGCAGUAGCAAAUUUGAUUGCCUUAUUAAACAAAUGGUUUUAAUUAAGAACUUCACACCUUCACUAAUUAAUGUGCAAUCCAAUUCCCUGCGGGCCAAAGUUUUCACUCAAUGAAAAUUAGUUUUUCACAUCUCUUGCAUUUGCUCGAUUGUAAUAAUUUAUUAUUCCUAUCUCACUUGAUAACAGAGUCACGAGGACCCCAAAAUGUCGAGUUAUUAAUCUUUCAUUUUUCUUCCUAGUUGCCUGUUUUAACAAAACUCUGCUUAAACAAACAAUGAUAAUGGUCUUUGUUUUUUCAUAUUACAGAAACAGAGUGCGGCAUGUGGAUGAACAUUUUGAUCUUGACUUGACAUACAUUACUGACAGGAUUAUUGGUAAGAUUGUUGUCGGGCUGUAUAAAUACCUGGACAACUUGACAAUCUACAUUGUAUAGUUUUUUUUACAGCAUUGUCUAAGUCACCAGAGAAAGAACAUUUCAUUUUGACAAUAGUAAAUUAUUGAUAUGGUUAAAGAUGAUGAAACAAUACUGUGUUGUUGUUUUUUUUUUGCAUCUUAACAUAAAAAUAUUUUCAUCUCUCAUUUUAUGUAGCAAUGUCAUUUCCUGCAUCUGGCCUUGAAACUACAUAUCGAAAUAACCUCAGAGAAGUGGCAAAAUUGUUGCAGAAAAAUCACCAGGAUAAAUAUAUGGUACGAUGUGCCUUCUAAUAUUACUAUCCUUCUAAUUUUUUUUUAUGUGAGUAGUAACUGUUUGUUAAUAUUCUUCAAGGUGAUGACGUAGAGAUCCUUUCAUGAGUUACUUGGUUUGUGACAUGUAUAUUCCUUACUAGUUACUAAGUUCAUGUUCUUAAGCUGUUCAAUGUUUCAUUUCAGGUAUUUAAUUUAUCAGAGAGAAGAUAUGAUAUAUCAAAACUUAAUCACCAGGUCAGUAAUAAUAAUAAUAAUAAUAAUAAUUUUUUCACUUGGAAGAUGUUACCAAAUGGUAUAGUUUUGCAUGCAGUGUUCUCCCUAAAUUUUAGCUCAGCAGGUUGGGGAUCAUAAAGAGCCAGUAAGGCAAAAAAUAUGCAUCACAGAGGUGUACUUUUCUGGGGGCAGGGGGGAAGUGAAGUGUGGGACAUGACCCUGCCCUUAAUGGGAAAUUUAGGAGCCAAAGGUACUUCUUUAAUUUUAGCAAACCUAGGCCGUUGUAGGCAGUAAAAAGUGUUACUUUAGGCAGUAAAUUUUACCUGUUUCCGCCUGAUAAGGAGAACACUGCAUGUUACCGGUAGAGACUGAUUAUUUUGUCUUUAAUUUUUGUACAGGUGUUAGAUUUUGGUUGGCCUGAUCAUUUAGCCCCACCAUUAGAAAGACUGUGCAGGUAUGAUAGGAUUCUUGUUUUGUUUUUAUCACUGUUUGUCCUUGGAAAUCUUUCUAUGCGCUUAAUUGCAUCUGUUUAAAGGAGUUUUGUUCUAUAUUUAGACUGUCAGUAGGCCUGAAAGCUAGUUGAGAUGUUGAAAUAAUUACUAUCGCAGUGGAAAUGUUCAAUAAUAGACUGCAUGUAAAUGAGGCCCAGCACCUAGUGGGGUGUCGACUCUCUCUUAAUGGACACCUCUAUAAGACGGACACCUCUGUAAAACGGACACUUAGAGUUGGUCCCUGCCUUUUGUUACUCCCUUUAUAUGACUCUCUAUGAGAUGGACACCUCUCUAAGACGGACUCUAAGUGCCGGUCCCAAAGGUGUCCAUUGUAUGAAUGUUCAAAACCUGUCACUUCACAUAGUUAAGAGGAAGCAAUGUCCCUGUCAGCAUUUUACUGUCUUUUCUUGGCUUGCCUUCAUCGCUGUUGCGGUUUCAACCCACUUUUGUGCCGUCUGUCACUUGUCGGAAUUUUUCCCUAACUGGGCCAGUUAGCAAAUGUAACAAUGAAAGUUAAUAGUUGAUCACAAGAGUAGCUCUUGUACUUGGUUGGUAAUCAGAUGUGAUUGUCUAAGUUUCAUUUCAUUUCAUUUAUUUUGCCAUUAGCCAGAAAUACAACAACAGCAUACAGAAAUACAUUAAAGAUAUUAUACAAUAUUGCAACUAAAUCAUUUAGAAGAUCAAAUGUGGUAAAGGCAAGAAAGCCUAUAUAGAAGCCAGGGGCUUAUAAACUAUAGGCUUCCUGGAACUACCGGUAUAGGGUAAACCGUACAAGUUAAGGGUACUGAAUGAAAAUUGGAGGAAGUUGGUGUUAUAUUAUAGUUUUAACCAAAUAUUCCCUCUUGUUUUCUUGAGCAUUGUAACAAUACUUUUAAAAUUUGAUGUAAUCUACCUUGCAGCAUAAUUAAAUCUAUUGAUUCUUGGCUAAAGAGUGAUCCUGCCCAUGUGGUUGUUGUCCAUUGUAAGGUAAUGGUGACCAACAUGAAUUUUCUCCCAAGAAUAGCCAUACAUUGUCAAAAGAAAAGGUUAUGAGAAUUAAUAAAAUGAUCACCAAUGCAGAAAUGCCUUGAUCUUUUUUCAAAUUCUCUCAACUAAUUCUUAAUGGAAAUGUAUAGAGAUCGGUAUGGAGAGUUUGUAAGUGGAUAUCAGGGCUUAAAGGGUUAAUACCUUUUGUCAAAGUCACAGUUUUUUUCAUCUGACAUUCUUUUAUCAAAUGUGAGGUAUCUGGUUUUGAAACAGUAUGAGUCUUCAUAGCCAAUAACAUCAUGGCUUACCUGACAGAUGACCAACAACAUUGUGACUUACUUGAACAAUCAGGUCAAUAACCAGAGUUUAAACUCACUUUGACUCUGAAAAUGACUACCGCACCGCUUGUCAAAAGGUCAGUCACUGUCAACAACAACACGACUUCCUAUUCAGGACUACAUUCACUGGGAUGAACUUAUGAAAUGACUCCUGGGUUUGCAAACCUUUCCCAGUAUGAUGAGUCUUGUUAAAUGAGUCCUUUUGUGUAAUCAAUAAUCAAAUACCCUACAGCUGAUUUAGCAGAUAACUGACUUAAAUCUGUCGGUUGCGCUCAAUGCAUUAUUAUUCCAAUAACAAUAUCAUUUCAGGUUCCUUGCAAAGGUGCACAGUGUGUGUCAUUAUUUUCUUCAAAAAAUGUAUAAUGUUAGAUUCGGUUUUUGUGACAUCCUAAAUAAUCAAGGUCUCAGUAAAUUACCUUGAGCUUGAUUAUUCUGGAUAUCACAAAACCAUCAUCCAAUAAUUAUUUAUUAUUAUUAUUAUUUAGGGGGGGAAAGGAAGGACAGGAGUUGUUAUUGCAGCAUACAUGCACUUCAGCAAGAUAUGUUCAAGGUACACUGGUACAUUUGUAUCACUUGUUGUAUUACAUUUUGUAUGUAACAUUUUGACAAAUUAUACACUACACUUCUAAAUCUCUUGCUAUGAUGUGUAUGAUUUCCACCUACGCCUUCCUGUACUGUACUUACUUGCGCUGUUAUCUGGUUUAUAGUCCUCAGGCUGCUCUUGACUGGUUUGCUAUGAAGAGAUUCUAUGAUGACAGUCUGGGAGGGGUUACUCAACCAUCACAAAGAAGGUUCGUGAUUUAAAACAAAUUGUCAACACCUACCUGUGUGAUUACAAAAUCUUUUUAUUGUUAAUAAUAAGUGUGUAGUAUCACAUAUUGAAAGUGACUAUGAAUGUUUUUACUGCGCUUUUCAAAACCAGGGGAACUGUAAACAAAAAGCCGCCUUCACAAUUGCGUUUUUCGCUGCCGUCAAUCAUAAUUACGAUCACAAGCAAGGAACCUUGAAACACAGAAACACACAAAACGGAUCAAAAUCCACCAAUCACAAAUCACAAACCAUGAUUGACGGCAGCAAAAAACCCAAUCGUCAGUUGGCUUUUGAACUUCAGAAUUCGCAUGUUUGUGAAAAGCGCAGUAAUUAAUAUGUAGUAGGAAUCUAAUCUUCAGUUUUGAUGCCAUUAUUUUUAGAUAUGUGCAUUACUUCAGUGAUUAUCUGGAUGGAAAGAUCAAACUCAACACAGAGUAAGUCACAUUAGUUUUUCUGAUUUUUUGUGAUGAAAUGAAGACCAGUUUCUUCCUUACAACAGUUGCUUGUUUUUAAAAUCCUUUGGCAGAUUAUUUCGGUUUAGACUGAAUUGGUGUUUUGCAGUACAGUGCUUCUGCAUUAUAGCAUGUGGUGCUCUUAUAACAUUAGCCUGCUUGGUCCUAACUGUCCUUUUGACAUCACUGCCAUCAGUCAGUUGUGGGCAUAGGUGGGCAGAAGAGACAGAACAAUGAACUGGUAACAGGCACUUUAUUUGUCUCUCCUCUGCUCGUCUCGUGCUUUGCGCAAAAUGCCACGUUCGUCUCUCUUGGCUUAAGUGCGUGUUAUGCAGUCUUUAAUAGGCUGAUUUAGCAACAGAACGGGAACGUCAGUUGACGACGGCGCGCGCAAAUCAAACAACUUGCUUGACCAAUGGCAGAGCGACAAAUUGGGCACCGGAAGUCGUGUUUAGUCCUUUCCGCGCGCUUUCCCGUCGUCAAAUGACGUUCCCGUUCUGUUGCUAAAUCAGCCUAAUAACAUUUGAAGACGUGUGAAUAAAUGAGUGAAUAUAUCCUCUUUAGAAAUGAGAAAGGAACUGGCGCCAAAAUGUGUCCCUCAAUAAUUGUUUCUGGGAUCAUUACAAUGAUUGACCAAUUUUUUCCCUGUACAUCAUCAGAGUCACAGAAGUCUUCGCGAAAUCUAACUUGGGCCUGUUUCAUUCACAUUUUCAAAGUGGCAAAUAUCAAAAGAACCAAUGAAUGCUUGAAUGAAUUAAUGGAUGAAUGAAAGAAUGAAUGAAUGAAUGACCAAUGAAGUAAUGACUUGCUUGCUUUUUUUUACCACUUACAGUCCCAUAUUUCUUCAUCAUGUUAUUAUCCAUGGAAUACCGAGUUUUGAUGCCCGAGACGGUAAGAACCUGAAAUAUUUCAAUUGGUUCAUGUGAUUAGUUCAAGUUUCUCGUCUCUUUUCCCAAAUUUUACCUUUUACUCUUAUAAAAAUGUUCUUUUUCCCUGUCAGUUAUCCUUUUUCUAUAACUAGCUUUUUAAAUUUAAAACUAAUAUUUGGCAAAAACAAAAAACCUGUUGUUAAUUUUGCUCUGUUUCAUAAUGUUUAGGGUGCAAGCCGUUCUUACGAGUGUAUGAUGGACUGAAGCUGAUCUAUACCUCAGGAGUAUUGUAAGUUUAAGUUUUUAAUGCAGUUAGUUUUCUUCUGUUUCUAUCUUUGACAAACAGAACUAGUCAUCACUUUUGCCACUCUCUUACUCAUUCUCCAUAAUUUUCAUGAUAUAUCCUGUUCUUCUUCGUUUUUUUCUGUAGUCACGUGACACCAGACAUGGAGCGAAUAUGUAUUACCAUUGAAGGAGGUCUCAUACUUCAUGGAGAUGUUCUGGUAUGUAGUUUCGUUGGAAUUACGGUCGUUUCACUAAAAAGUCGUUUCGCUACAAAGUCAUUUCGCUGCAUAAUGAAGUCGUUUCACUGCAAGUCGUUUCGCCGCAUCAUGAAGUCGAUUCGCCACAACCAGUUUUUUGUAUUAAAUAGUUUAAAACGAUUUAGAAUGAACUACAAACGGGUAAUAACGAGUUCAGUUAGCGAAACGACUUUACAAAUUUGCAGCGAAUCGACUUCACUAUGCGGCGAAACGACUUCUACGGUGUUUUCAACAUUUGACAUGAACAAGGUAGUGAUACGUCUUAAUCGCUCGCUUAAGACGUAUCACUUUUAAACUUGGCAAUUUUGCAGAUUUUAAGGCGCUCCUUUCAGUUGCGUCGACGGAGUUUUCUUAACUGGCCCAUGUCAAAAGUGUAAAAAACCGUGGAAAGGACUAUUUAAAUUGUUCGUAGAAGGUUGAAAGUUGCGUGAAUUGGAGAAAAAUCUUGAAUCAUCUGAAUUUGUUGCAUUCGUUUCUUUGUCCACAGAUCAAGUGUUACCACAAAAACACUCUGUCGUCUGGCCGUGAUAUCAUAUUUAGAUGUCAAUUUCAUACUGGUGCGAUUGUAGAUCAUGGCUUAGUGUUGGACAAAACUGAAUUGGAUGAUGCUUGUAAAGGAGGUUUGUUUUCAGUAGUAUACCUUAAGUGACAGAGGAAGGGAGAAAAGCUGGGAACAGGGAAAGAAUAGGGGCACACAAGAACAUGAUACACUGAGCUUUCUUCACGCAAGAACAAAUCUCGCAGCACCCUCAAACAGCGUAAUACCACGUAGAGCGUAGUACCACAGGAGAGUACUGCUUAGUAGCUUUCAUUUGAAUGGUUACACGAUAGGAUUUCAUCCACAGACUCAAAAGUUAGAACCACCUUGUACAGCAUAAUAAACAGUACCACAGGAAAGUAUUGCUUAGUAGCUUUCAUUUGAAUGGUCACGCCAUAGGAUUUCAUCCACAGACUCAAGAGUUAGAACCGCCUUGUACAGCAUAAUAAACAGUACCAUUGGAAAGUACUGCUCAGUAGCUUUCAUUAAAGUGGUGAUCUUUUAGUGACAUUGUGUAUUUCAUUCAGCAGAUAGAAAAUUUCCUGAUGAUUGUAAAGUGGAGUUUGUCUUUUCAGCUACUGGCAACUUUGUUUCAGGUAUGAUGUUUCAUAUUUCCUUUCAUUAUUUAGAAUUAUAGCGCGACUGAUUUCGCAGUAAACGUUUUUACCAACUUUUUAAAGAUUUCUCCAUCUUUUUGUUAAAAAAAGCCUUGAAGUUGACGCCAAGGAAAGAGUUGCGAGUUGAAGAAAAUUAAAAUGAAUCUGAACUUUACCUGCUGAGCGCGACAGUCACGCCUGUCAAGCUGACAUGUUUGCAAACUCACAAUCUUCCUGUUUUUCAGAAUUCAAGGAUAACGAAAGAUUACGCUCAAUAAUCCGUUACUCGUUACAGCCCAUGGAAAACCCGGAUACUGUUCUGUACCCCGAAGUGGAGAAUUGGUACGACACUGAAGGAAGUUCAUCAUCUCCGCCACGGGAUGCAAGCAGUGCCAAAGAAGGUAAAGCAUCCUCGUGGUACUGCUGAAUAAUUUAAAUUUACUAAAACAUUUAUUGAUGCGAAGCUGUAUUUAAUGGUUACCAUUUGAAAGUGCCACAAAGGAGCUUUCAUUUGAAUAGUAACACUCAAGGGUUUCAUCCAUAGGGUGAAAAGUUAUAAUCCCUUCGCAAAACGUAGUAAACAGUACCUUAGGGCAGUACUGUUCAGUUAAACAGCUUAUUGAGAAAGUAUCUUCCGACAUUUAAUGUUUGACAAAAAACAAAAAAAAUAGUCUGAAAAUACAACUGGAAAAAAAUUGGCAUCAACCCUAACACAAUUCAAAUCUUCAUAUUUAGUUAUUUUUGUCAUUCAUGAAUCAAAAUGUAACAAAUCUUGGAGAUAUUUUUACAUUUUCUUAGAGAAAAGAAAUGAUAGUUGCAUUGCAAUUUUUUGUAUUUAUAAUGAAACAUACCUUUAUCACCAAAUGAAAAGUCAUUUUUAAAUAUUUCUAUUUAUGGUUAGUUUUCUUUUCUUGUAUAAAUGAUUUUAUUUCAAAUGGAAGUUUUUUGAUAUUGUAGAUAUUGGUUCUAUGUAGAAUUUUUUAUUACUGCGGGGGUUCAUUUGUCAGUCAGCGGUCACUCGCACGAAUAUUGGUCGAUUGGUGUCAUUAUUAAAUUCUUUCGAAACUCAACUGCAUUUUAUACCAUCGUGUUUAACAGUUGCUGUUUACGAGCUGAAAAUAACAAAGUUAAAAGAAAGCUUUAUGGAUGGAAUGAGAGUACAAAAACCGAACCGAUCUUUAUUCGAGCCAAUCUCUUCUACUUGCUUCUACGAAUAACGAUAAAUUUAUUACACAUGAAGUGUUAAUAUAGGGCUUAAGUAGCGGAGAGAGGUAGUGAAAACACCAACUGCACCACAAUGUAAUGGGAAAUAUAAAUUAAAGUUGUAGAUGUUGGAGGAGAUGGAGUUGUUGGAGGGUUAAAUAGCGCUGGAACACAGUGAAAAAAGGGUAUUGGAGCGAAUAGGGUUGUUAGAAGGCGAAAUGGGAAACAUAGUGCUAAGGGUAGACAUAAUGAAAUAGGUUUCUAGGGCGAAGAGGCUUGUUCGUGGGCGAAUAAGCAAACAGGGUCGUGGAGGCAGGCUAACAGGCACAUGAAUAUGAAAUCAAUGUUUGUUUUUAAAUACCGGCAUACAGUAGCUUAAAAUCAUUACUAGAAGAUCUAUUAAUAUAAACAUGUCUGUUGUGUAAAAUAAUGAUGUUAAAUGCUAAAUUCUAACUUUUUUGGUGUUACCCUAAAGUAAAAUAAUAUCACUGCGAAAUAAAAUAGCAAUCACGAAAAAUCACCUGCCUAAUUCGUUAUAACAGUGCGUAAACGUUUAUUGUUUCUGUGGCCUGCUCUGAGCACUCCAGUUUUCAGGGCAUCGAAGAAAGCGCGAAGGAGGAUAUUGCCGGGAGUAUCUGAACCCCUGUGAUAAGUGGGGGGGGGGGAGGGUCUGCGAUAGGUUGUUGCAUACAGAUAAUUGCUAGGAUCCGGGCCCCACCUUAUUUUAGGACAAAUUGAGACCCGUAGUGGGAAAGGGGCCCCCUCCCCCCCUUAUCUGAGGGACUAGAUGAGCGGUAUAUAUGUAAACUUGUGAACGUUUUGACAAUCAUAUAAGAUGUUUCAUUAACCAUUAAAUACAAAUAGUAAACAAUUAAAAAAGGCAUAAAUUUACGAAAAAAGUUCAGUUGCUUCAUAUUUUAAUGACCAUAAGAAUUAAAAGUCAAUGAUGCGUGCUCUGUGGCUCUAAAAGUCUGACAAAUUAACCCCUUAAAAUAUAUAUAUUUGUUAUUUUCCGUAUAUUGUAAAUAUUAAUAGGACAGGUUUGUUGUCUUUUGACAUGUUUCGAUGUUGAGUGUCUAGUUCUUCGACCAUUCACCAUGCUGCGACGAAUAUCUUAACACUACGAAUGUUUCAAGCAAACGAAAUAAGAAAAAUUCCUCAUUCGCUGCCGUUUUGAUGUUUAAUGACGUCAUUUGGUUGCCGCCAUUGUGCAUCCAAUGCCGUGUUGUUUAUAACAGCACAGGUGAGGAUUACAGCACCUUGACCUAUCAUUUUGAAGUGGUUAGAAAACGAGAAAAAGUCUGGUAAAAUCUCUUCGGCGUGCGUGGUAAAUGGUCUUGACGCAGUUUCUUUAUUGAAUGAUAAUAAUAAUUUUAAUAAUUGUGCGUCAAUGUUUAAAGUACGAUUCUAUUAAUUGUAAAUAAUAUAAACUGAUUUUAAAGGCUAGUUUCAGUCAAUAUUGAGAAAAUUAAUUGCAAGUUAAACGCCACUCCAUAAAUUGCAAGGAGACUGGGUACAAGCUGUUUGAUUUAAAAAUUUCUGGAAUCCUUUGAGUAGAUGAAAUAUACAAUGAUUGGUUAAAGUGGUUGCCUCUGGAUACCAUUGACUAAUCAAAACAAACAGUUGUUUACCCAAACUAUCCCAGAAGUCGACGCACCCAAAUUUUGUACCAUUCUUUCCGUAGUUUAUGGAUAGGAGAAAUUACUUGUGGGCGUGUUUUUAUCAUGUUCAAAAUAAGACGGGGAAAAUACGCGUAGCCGAAUUGUUUUUGCAGUUGGUAAGACUCGAAAUGCAAGUUUCUUUGAACGGAUGAAAAAAAAAAAACGUUUUUGUUUGCAUAUUUUACUUUUGAGAAAAUUAUAGGUAAAAUUUAACUCCGUCUGUUGUCAAGAUUUUGAAGACAAUCCUUAUUUUGUUGGUGUUAAGAAUAUAAUCUUUAAAAUCUAAUUCAAAGUUUGUAAAUCCAAAGCCCUUUUGCAUGCCUCAAAUGUAACUUUCGUUUUAUACUAAAUGCAGAAACCGUAAAAAACAAUAAAUGUUUCAUGUUCAAUUUUUCUUUAAAUGCAUUUAUUUUGUGUGAAUAAGAGAAGGGAAACUUUUACGCGAAAGGCCUCGCUCGUACCCUUGUUUUAACAUUUUAAACCCCAAUAUCCAAAUACAAAUUCUCCACACUAAUGUCCAUACAUUAACUUAUAGAAUUGGUUGAGAGAACUUGAUAAAAGAUCAAAGCAUUUCUCCUUUGUUCAUCAUGUUGUUAAUUCUUCUAACCUGUUUUCUUGAUGGUGUGAUACUCAGAAAUGGCCUAUCAGAGUAGCCUGAAUUUCAUCCGAUUACUUCGAGUCGAAAACGACUCGAAGCAAUCGGAUGAAAUUCAGGCUACUCUGAUCAGAGCUGUUUUUACGCCUAACGAGCACUUUUCGCGUAGAUGCCCCCCCCCCCGUCCAAAGGUAGAGAAGCCUAUUCAUAAAGGAGGGGGAAAUGGGUUACUAGUUCCCUCCCUUUCCCUUCCGCCCUCUGUUACCCCACGGGUGUGCCUGCUUGGUCAUAUAUAGAGAAAACUUUCUAUGAGGAAAAGGAAAGUGGAAGGGAAGUUUGCCCCUUUCUCUUACUCCUCUGUUACCCCUCGGGUACGCCUCGGGCAGAUCCUGGUCCAUGUAUCAUUAGUUGUGGGAUAAACGUUACCCCUUUCCUCUUACUCCUCUGUUACCCCUCGGGUACGCCUCGGGCAGAUCCUGGUCCAUGUAUCAUUAGUUGUGGGAUAAACGUUACCCCUUUCCUCUUACUCCUCUGUUACCCCUCGGGUACGCCUCGGGCAGAUCCUGGUCCAUGUAUCAUUAGUUGUGGGAUAAACGUUUCCCCUUUCCUCUUACUCCUCUGUUACCCCUUGGGUACGCCUCGGGCAGAUCCUGGUCCUUGUAUCAUUAGUUAUGAGAUGAACGUUACCCCUUUCCUACUUCUCCUCUGUUACGCCUCGGGCAGAUCCUGGCCAAUGUAUCAUUAGUUGUGGGAUAAACGUUCCCCCUUUCCUCUAACUCCUCUGUUACCCCUCGGGUACGCUUCGGGCAGAUCCGGUCCUUGUGUCAUAAGAGAUUGAAAACCCUUGCUAUAUCACGAGGGAAAGUACCCACCCCCCCCCCCCUUUUGAAUACGAAACGGGUUAAUUGAGUAUGCAUUUUUCUUUUUAUUGUCUUGUGCAUAGUUUCCAUAAUAGACGUUUACGGCGUUGCAAAACAAACCCAAAUAACCGAACAAAACAAAACUUUGCAGUGGAACGACUCGCCCGUGGCAUGUGGUGGUUCCACUUGUGUUUUGAACCCUAUAAUGAGCUAAAAGCCACGUGAUUGGCUAUACCGUUACGUUUUAUUGGUUAGGAAAAUGGCGCGAAAUUUCCAGCCAAUCACAAGCGUUGAAACGCGAAAGUAAAGUAGUCACGAAAGGUGCUUUCGACACCCAAUUAAAAGGGUGUCUUACUAUCAGAUAAUCAAAGUUUCGAUACUGAGUUGCAGUUACACACUUUCUAUUGAGUGUUCCCAGCAUGUGUCAUAACAUGCAGUGUUUAACUUUCCUUGCGUCUGACAUUGGCUCCAUCGGAGCGUCCUCGAUUGCAGAAAAAGGUGGGUUUGUGUUGCAUGUUUUCGAGAAAUUUCACUGUUUAUUUACAACAGUCUUCUCGAGUCUUAUUUCUGCACCAUUGCGCGCGUCUGUUUCUUGUGCAUGCUCUAGCAGCUUUUAAAUUCUUAUUGGAAGUCUUUCGUAUUUCCGCCUCACUCAUAAGUUGAAUCUGACCACGAAUAAGUAUCUCAACUCUCUCCUUUACAGAAACAAUGGUGAUCAACACAACGUCAUAAAAAUCAUAUAGUGUGGUAAUUGCAACGAAGCCUUAUUUAGACUCCUUUGCGUGGCCCUAACAUUUAAAAAACAAAAAUUUCAACAUUAAUUCGGGAUUUUUUGUGAUUUGACUUUGGCCAUUAGUGGGAGACAAUUUUUAAGUCGUUGUCUGUGUUUCAUCGUACGUGUACAGUAGAAAACAGAAAUGUAACAACUGUGUAUCUACGUCAUCCAGUAUUCGAACAUGUUUCUUGUCAUCGAACACUUCAACUACAACUGCAAUAUACAGAUUGACAAAUAAUAGAAAUUCUUCAAACCUUCAGAUACAAAUGCGAGCGGAUUAAUGUGUUUUUCAAUAGCGUAACCUACAUGUGCAUACGUACAUAGUCUAAUUGAUGACACAUUCUGUUGCCGGCAGCUGAAACGUGAUGAGGACCUGCGAUAAACGUAAUUUCGACCUAAUUAAAAUGCUCACAAAAAGAAAACAUCCCUGCAUUAUGUUAGUCCAAAAAAGAGCAAGAUCCCAGAAUAAUUUUCCCCAUUUUUCUAGUAAAUGUUUAAAAGUCUUUAAAAUAUUUAAAAUAAGUAAAAUCUUUGUUGCAAACAAGAGCAAAUUGUUGAAAAGAUAAGUUCUCUGUAGUUGGAGAAAGAGAACGAAGUUUGUCUGUUUGACAGAUGAAUGCGAGAAGCCUGUGAGGUGAAUAUAACCUUAAAUGACUUAAAUACAACACUGACCACAACAAACGGUGCCCUUCUAGGACUUUGUUUGAAUGGUCACAGACUCCAAAGUUAGAACCACUUUUGUACGUUAUGUUUUAUAUAUAAACAGUACCACAGGAAAGUACUGCUAAGUAGCUUUCAUUUGAAUGGUCACGCCACAGGAUUUCAUCCACAGACUCAAGAGUUAGAACCUCCUUGCAUAGUUUUGAAAAAAUACAGGAAAGUACCGUUUAAUAGCUGUCAUUUGAGUGGUCAUAAUGGGGAUUUUAUGCUGUCAUUGUUAAUUCUCUCACGUGUCGGUUUGAAAAAAAAAUGAACGAGGACUUAGCACUAAUCUUCGUGAAUUGUAUUUUUUUGGAAGUUAUGUUAUUGCCGACAUGCAUCACAGCACUAGCUUUGCAUCUUCAAGUGUUUGUGCAUAAAAAAAUAAAAAAAAUAUUUGCAGAAGAAUUAGAAACAAAUAACUAAACUACAAUGUAACCUUCAGUGACAGUUCAAUUCUCUAACAAAAUACAAAUAUAGUAUUCUUGGAUGAGUUUAAGGGUUUUGUCGUUUUAAAAUUUCAGUUCUAAGAAUGUCAGGUUAUUUUUAGAAAUAUUGAAAUAUGUCUUAUCUAUUUAAUUAAGAAAUUUCAAUUUGAUGAGAUUGGUGUCGAUACUUAUCGCUUCUCAUAGUAGUAAAUAUAUUGAUUUUGUUAACCGAUCGUGACAUUCUGUGCAUGCUUUCUUCUUAUAUUUUAACAUUUUGUCCAAAAAAAUAUACGUCCAUUACUUUGCUGUCUCGACUUUUUUUCUGUCCAUUUCUGAUCGACCAUGACAUUCCUCUGUCUGCCGCGAAAGUUAUUCGAUCUGUAUGCGACGAAAUCUGCGCUAGAUUAUCAAUUUCAUUUCUAAUUUAAUACCAGAGUUCACUGGGUUGUUGCCAGAGUGGUAUGAACUUUAAUUGUUUGUAAUUAAGUUAAUUUAAUAGAUUGGCUCGAGUAAUUAAAUAAAUAGAGACUACUACAUCAGAUUGCAAUCGCUAAAUCUUCAAUUGAAUAUAUAGUCCCAGUCGACCGUCGUAAAUGGAACCAUCUAGUUCUACCCUACCCUGGGUGCCAGAGACUUUUCUAGCGCGGUUUCCGGGCCCACGGCCGAAGCUGUGUCGGCCUUCGGCGACACCGAAAAUUCCUGCCGCACGCGAGAAAAACCUCUGGUACCCAGGGUAGCUCUACCCUAGUUCUGCCAAAGAGACCGCACAACGGAUAUGAACCACUUCUUACAGAGGUGUAGAGACGUGUGAUGCUCUUUUUUCGUCAUUUGGUCAAGCGGUUGUUUCAUCCGUACACGUCAAGUUACAACCUCUUGCAGAGGGGUUGGGAGACUUUAAGGGGAAGGGGUUGAAACAGACGCCCAUUUCCCUUUGCCCUGUUACGUCUGUUGCGCUUGCUGGACAGGAAAGUACUGCAAAAUACACCAUAGGAUCUCAUCUACUGACUCAAAACUUAGAACAUUUUUAGAACCACCUUGUACUGCAUAAUAAACAGUACCACAGGAAAGUACUGCUCAGUAGCUUUCAUUUGAAUGGUAACACCAUAGGAUUUGAUCCACAGACUUAAAAGUUAGAGCCACCUUGUACAGCAUAAUAAACAGUACCACAGUAAAGUACUGCUCAGUAGCUUUUAUUUGAAUGGUAGCACCAUAGGAUUUCAUCCAGAGACUCAAAAGUUAGAACCACCUUGUACAGCAUAAUAAACAGUACCACAGGAAAGUACUGCUCAGUAGCUUUCAUUUGAAUGGUAACACCAUAGGAUUUCAGCCAAAGACUCAAAAGUUAUAACCACCUUGUACAGCAUAAUAAACAGUACCACAGGAAAGUACUGCUCAGUAGCUUUCAUUUGAAUGGUAACACCAUAGGAUUUCAGCCAAAGACUCAAAAGUUAUAACCACCUUGUACAGCAUAAUAAACAGUACCACAGGAAAGUAUUGCUCAGUAGCUUUCAUUUGAAUGGUAACACCGUAGGAUUUCAGCCAAAGACUCAAAAGUUAUAACCACCUUGUACAGCAUAAUAAACAGUACUACAGGAAAGUACUGCUCAGUAGCUUUCAUUUGAACAUCAUAGGAUUUCAUCCACAGACUCAAAAGUUAGAACCACCUUGUACCGCAUAAUAAACAGUACUACAGGAAAGUACUGCUCAGUAGCUUCCAUUUGAACAUCAUAGGAUUUCAUCCACAGACUCAAAAGUUAGAACCACCUUGUACAGCAUAAUAAACAGUACUACAGGAAAGUACUGCUCAGUAGCUUCCAUUUGAACAUCAUAGGAUUUCAUCCACAGACUCAAAAGUUAGAACCACCUUGUACCGCAUAAUAAACAGUACCACAGGAAAGUAUUGCUCAGUAGCUUUCAUUUGAAUGGUCACAUCAUAGGAUUUCAUCCACAGACUCAAAAGUUAGAACCACGUUGUACCGCAUAAUAAACAGUACCACAGGAAAGUACUGCUCAGUAGCUUUCAUUUGAAUGGUUACACCAUAGGAUUUCAUGAGACUCAAAAGUUAGAACCACCUUGUACAGCGUAAUAAACAGUACCACAGGAAAGUACUGCUCAGUAGCUUUCAUGUGAAUGGUUACACCAUAGGAUUUCAUCCACUGACUCAAGAGGUUAGAACCACCUUGUACAGCAUAAUAAACAGUACGAUAUUCACGACUCAAGUGUGGUUGUGAGGCGUGGAGAACAGGCUAGCAUUUUGUUGAACAAAAGGAUAGCUUUUGUUUUUCAUUUUUAGUAAACUCCGUAGAAGUUUUUGUUUUUUAAAACCGCGUUUUGUUAACUAUAACUGAAUAUAUGUACCAAAUGGACUUUUAAUUAGUUAAUGUUUACCCUCGAUAUAAUCACUCCUUUGUGUAAUAAGCAGCUGUAUCGACUUAAAGCUCGAGCUGAAGUAAGAUAUUUUUCAAAACCUGGCCUUUAGGUAAAGGAUACAAUUUAAACAUAGGAACAGAUUUCAAUGGAGCGCGCUCCAGGAAGACAACAGUCGGAAAGAGACUCUUUACAACGUCUUGUUUCCAGGAGAGAAAAGUCAUUGAUGAUUUACAGAGGAGAUGAGCACGACUGGAUUCGAAAAGGAACCACCUUUUGCUGGGCAUUGAACGUACUGUGCGUUCCAUCUGUCUCUUAACUCAUCGGCCAAGGUGAAAAUUCGCCAAAAUUUCCAAUUUCUAUUCUGUAACUGAGUUCCCUAAAAAAAAAAUAUCAUCAUUCCAACGGUCUCUUAAAGAGGCUUUGUUUCAAUACACUUUUGAUUAAAGAAGGGAUGAAAUUAUUUAUUUAUUUACUUAUUUAUAUAGACUGCAAAACAGUCUUUUCUUUUUUUCUCAAAAUCAGUAAUGAAAUCGGUAAAGCGUGGCGUAAGUCUUACGUGCGCGAAGCUCGCGAGCCUCACACGCCCGUAUUUUUAGCGUCUCUCCCCAGUCUCGCUCGCUGUUUUCAGCUUCGUUCCAGACCUCUUUUUUUAGUGCUUGCGCGUACUUGAAUAUGCCAAAAUACGGACUGUUUUGCAGUCUAUCAUUUAUACUGAAAGGCAGAUUGUGUUGUAAAAGUGCUGGUAAGUGGCUUCAUUUGAACGGUCACACCAUAAGAUUUUGACCACAGGUUAAAUGAAGUUGACAAGGUUUACUCUAAGCUAUGUGGACUCUAAGAUGUCUCCGCCUUUUGACAAAAAGCCAUACGCUAUAAUUGUUUUUAUUUAUUUCAUGCAAGUGGUUUAUUUGUGUACACACAAAAAAAAAUUAAAGAUCGUCAAGCUGUUUUCUUUGUUUUUCGACAUAAAACACACCCCUUCAAAAUAAAUCUUUUUUUAAAUUUAUCUUAUCUUGAACUGCAUUAUUUACUUUGCGAACUUCCAGUGCGUGUUACUGCUUAAGCCAAUGUGGUCUCUUAAUCGCCCAUCUUGAUCUCGUUUCUGAGUUAGUUCUCGCUCUUAAUUUUUGACACCUUUCGUUGCUUUCUUACACAAGACUUGUGCCAGUAUGUCUUAUCAGUCCUGUGCCAAUUACAUGGCUAAAUCUUCGAGUAAAUACGGCUAUUUAUUUUCUUUCGAGUAAGUUCGGCUAUUUAUUUACCUACGUUAAGUUGAGCGUUACAUAUGGGUAGAAAUUAUUCCGUUUUGUAAAAAACCGGUGUAGGUCACAAACGCUGUUUCGUUUUUAUUUAAUUUUUCUUUUGAAAAUGGUCACAAAUUGUGCUGGUUAUGCCAGUAAAAAUGUAAACUUGUGCUGUUUAUAAUCCCAAAUAAUUAGAAAUAUUCAAUAGUAUCAACGCUUAUUUUCUUUCAUUGGUAGAUAUCACAUUUAAUUUCCUCUGGCACUUUUGAUUUUUAAUGAAACACAACUCCUGACAAAUCGAACUGUACAUGUAAGACUCGUAACACGAAGUUCAACUGAUAUUUUAUCGAAAUCUCAUAACUCUUGUCCAUGAUGAAUAAUUAGAGUACAGUUUAGAGAUUUCAUAGAUUGAUAGGCACGUACAUCUAUUUUUGUAGCCUAUUACAUCGACAUGACCUAAGUUUUGGGCCUUUGGACGAAGUAAUUUCGUGUGGCCAUUCAACUGAAACAUCCUCAGCAGAGCGUGGGCACGUACCAUUUAUUUUCUGUUUUCUCGCAAAAAGUGGUGAAUUUUUGAGAAUUUUUGUUGUGGCCAACGGAGUGAUUAACUGAAAAAGGUCAAUGGAUACCCAGUUUGUAUCGAUUUGAAGAGGCGUAAUUAGGAAUUGAUGGAAUGGUUUCCUGUGUCCUCGAGAUAAUAACAUGCUUUAUCUUCUAAUCUUUCGUUCGGCUUGUUUAAGUUAACUGAUCAGCGUGCUUUCGGUAUGUUUUCAAAUGUAGUUUUUUCCUUUUUAACAGUGUUUUAACGGCGGAUCCAAAAUGAAAUAAAAAGCCGACAAGUAAUUCGUGACCUGUCACUUUGGCUUUUAUUUUGUUAUUAACUCUUUAAUGAUUUCGUGUGAAGUCGAUAUCAUCGUUUAUUUCCCUUAUUAGCAUGCGAUAUCGGACUGUAUCAUGCACGAUAGGCUUGGUUGUGUUCUGAAAUAAUACAGAUAUCUUGCUGAGAUAUGUUACGACUGUGUUCAAACAGAUGUUAAUUUUAACUGUGUCUCGCCUGCAGUCAAUACGGCACUUAUUUACUGCUUUGGUAGACGGUAUUUUUGAUUACUUAUGAUAAUAAGCCUCCAGGGAUGUAACCCUCAGUUAUCACAUACUUGGCUAAAUUCCUUUGCAUUGUUAUUUAAUUAGCUGUCCACUUUGACGCAUUCAUCCCUCACAAGGUGUUUCACUGAAGGCACGGUCUUUUCAAGGUUAUAGUCCGUCCUGCCACUGAAAUGUCCUUAAUCCUCGUAAAAUAUCACUUAUUGAAAACUGUUCCUGUGCUCUUGAUCUGGUUUUGCGCUUUCUGAGAAUCCUACGCUUAUGAACUCGGCUGUAUUAAGAAGUGAUUUCAGUACAGCAAACGGAUUCGUUUUGCACGGCUAGUCUGCAGAAUUCAGCAAACUGGUAAGAAAUAUUUCCUUAUUUUUUUCCUUUUGUCUAAAACGUGUGGUUUAUAAAUACAGGACCCUGAUGUGAAUAGUUCGUGGUGCUUAAAACGAGGAUUAGAGCCUCGAGUUUGCGGUUAAUAAUUGCUAAGAUUAAUCACUUUUGAAUAAUUUGUAUGUUGUUAACGCUGUAAAUAGUUUUCUAGGUUCGAGUGCUAUAAUAAACGUUCUGAGUUGUAGUGAAAUUUAGUACACUAAACAGGGAAAUGCUUGCGUUACUUUAUUUCUCUGAUGUGCUGAAAUAAUUAUUCGCAUUUUAAUUUCGUUAGUGUGACAGUUUUCUUGUUAAUCAAGUAAACGCAUGAAUUUCAGCUCGGUAGAUGUAACCUCAGUGAACUCGAAUCAUUUAAUUGCGAGCUGGUUACUCAUGGAAACAUUGUAGUCUUUCUCAGUAAUCUGGAGUCCUGCUAUGCAAUCGGAAGUAGGCCUUCUGGGUUAAUCCGUUCACUCCGUCAAAAUCAACAAUCAAGAAAAAUCUCAAUUUCUGUUCUGUAAAAUGUUACAGAAAAAAAGUCAUAGAUAAUCGUUCUUCCAAACUGUAUUCUGAGUGGUCGCGCGGUACCGUGUUCUCUGCAUUAGUGAAGAAUCGUAAAUUCCGUGUCGAGAAUCCUGGCUUUCUCAUCGUUUUUCUGUCGUUCGAAUCAGAGUGACCUGAAGCGUGACGACUUCUCAAACUGAACCAUGUGUUUGUACAUUCUUGAAGUAGUUUUUAUUGUGUUGUGCAAUUGCGUUUUGUCUUGACUGACUUUAUUUACUUUUUGGGGUUAAGUCGUGAAUUCUCUCUUAAAAAGGCACCUAGUUAAAACUUAAGAUAAGAUUGAAGAAUGAAAACAACUAGCCAUUUUUGCAGAACAAAACAAACAAACAAACAAACAAAUAAACUAUGUAUAAACAAAACUAAACAAAACAAAAAAGCUACCGGUAAUUUAAAAAAGAAUACAGUGACUGACCAAAUGGCUCUUAAUUAUCCUUAAAAUACCGAAGAGUAUUCAUCUAGCUUGGAUAGCAGUUAAUGAGUCUGUGGAUGAAAUCCUAUGGUGUGACCAUUUAAAUGAAAGCUACCGAGCAGUACUUUCCUGUGGUACUGUUUAUUAUGCUAUACAAGGUGGUUCUAACUUUUGACUCUGUGGAUGAAAUCCUAUGGUGUGACCAUUCAAAUAAAAGCUACUGAGCAGUACUUUCCUGUGGUACUGUUUAUUAUGCUGUACAAGGUGGUUCUAACUUUUGAGUCUGUGGAUGAAAUCCUAUGGUGUGACCAUUCAAAUAAAAGCUACCGAGCAGUACUUUCCUGUGGUACUGUUUAUUAUGCUGUACAAGGUGGUUCUAACUUUUGAGUCUGUGGAUGAAAUCCUAUGGUGUGACCAUUUAAAUGAAAGCUACUGAGCAGUACUUUCCUGUGGUACUGUUUAUUAUGCUGUACAAGGUGGUUCUAACUUUUGAGUCUGUGGAUGAAAUCCUAUGGUGUGACCAUUCAAAUGAAAGCUACUGAGCAGUACUUUCCUGUGGUACUGUUUAUUAUGCUGUACAAGGUGGUUCUAACUUUUGAGUCUGUGGAUGAAAUCCUAUGGUGUGACCAUUCAAAUGAAAGCUACUGAGCAGUACUUUCCUGUGGUACAGUGUAUUAUGCUGUACAAGGUGGUUCUAAUUUUUGAGUCUGUGGUUGAAAUCCUAUGGUGUGACCAUUCAAAUGAAAGCUACUGAGCAGUACUUUCCUGUGGUACUGUUUAUUAUGCUGUACAAGGUGGCUCUAACUUUUGAGUCUGUGGAUGAAAUCCUAUGCUGUGACGAUUCAAAUGAAAGCUACUGAGCAGUACUUUCCUGUGGUACUUUCCUGUUAUGCUGUGCUAGUCCAUUCUAACUAAUCUUACCUGCGUAUGAAAUUCUAGCCAUUGCCCAGUAACAUUGCUUAAUGCUAAAUUGUUACUUUGCAUGUUGUUAGGUCAUACAUUUAUAUAAUAAAAAUUGAAAGCCCGCUUACUAUGUUCAGUUUUUAAAAAGAGAAUUUUCAGCUGAACAACAUUUAAAUUACUCCAUCCAAUGACAAUGCGCAGAUGAUUAAAUAAACCAAUCAGAUCUUGAAUUGAGUACGUGUAUAGUGUGGCCAGUGUUAAGCGCGGGAAAAGCAACGCAACCUUUAACCAAUUUUUUUUUCAUCUGAUUGGUCGAGAAAUUGGCGCGAAAGUAUCACAAAUCGUAUCUGUACAAAAUCAAAGAAGUCACAUGAUUUCUUUCGUACUUUUAAAUUUGGAAAGGCUGACCACACUAGAGUUGAAUGUUAUCAGUUGUUAUUUUGACAUUUAACAUUUGUGCAGUUUCGUAGGAGAAAAUUAUUAAAGGAAAGAAACUACCAAAAAAUUUUACAAAGAUUCUGAUGAGUUUCUUGAAUGGAAGCCAACCCAGCGUAACGCGGGAUACAAGAAAUCAAAUCAAAACGAACGAGUGUUUAGAGCAUCUUCGGAAAUGUUCGGCUUAUCUUCGGUAUCCCGAGAAAUCUUCAAAAUACUUCGUAUCAAUUUCAGCACUCUUCAGAAGAGCAACGGAUUUCCUCACAAAUCCUUGAAAUAAUGGGAGUUCCUUAGGAUGUUAAUGAAUUUACAGUUGAAUAACUUUUUAGUAACACCUUUGAAGUGAAGCCACUCUUUCUCUCUUUUACAUGGUGCUAAUGCCCCCCCGGGGGGGGGGGUACUUGGGUUAAUUUUUGCUGGGUAUGUACCGCUGGCCUCUCAGAGCCUCUACCCCAUUAUAGUCUAUUCUGUGGCCAAUUAUAGACCCCAUCUUAGUCACUUUUGGGCAAAUAUGUAAUUUUCACGAUCCCAACUUAGUCACUUUCUAUUUUUAUGAAUUGACCCAUUUUUUAGAUUGAAUAAAGAAUACUUUACUUUUCACCUGCAGUACAAACAUUCUGGUACGUUUGCUAGCCGUAAAUAUGAAGAACUACCUUACCCCCAAAAAUCCGAAAAUGUGCGACCCCAUCCAGCGGCAAAUCCCCAUGUUUUUAUCUUAUUUCUAAUACUCAUUUCUUGCUGUUAUAUUGUAUUGUUAGUUAAUCACUAGUCUUAAUUUUUAUAAAUUGUAAUUAUCACACGGCAUGUCUGAAAACCAGCUUGCUGAGCCAUUUACCGUGUUUGAAUAAAGUUGAUUGAUUGAUUGAUUGAUUAGCCUCUUAUAAGGAAGUACCCCCUCUCCCCCCCGGUGGGCUGAUGCCAGGAUUUCAGUUCUUACUUAGACUUUUGGUGGCGGAAGGCGGAGAGUAUGUUUUGUAUACUCCCCCCACACAAAGCUCACGUCAACUGAUGGGGUAUUCUGUUACACUGUCAACAGACCCCUAAUUUCAGUAGAGGGUGAUUAUGUCGUCAAUUCUCAUGACAUCUGUAAUUAAUGAUUCGUUGAUGCUGCAAAGAGAAAUUUAGUACUGAUCAUUACACAGUGUUAGGGAUAAAGGUGCGAGGUCACGCAAUUUUAAGCAGUUUGUUUUUACCACAGUCCUGGAUGGAAUUCCUCAAAAAAAGGUAGGACACCUUGUGACGACUACACAAUUUUAUGUAAGACUUCAUUCGCUUUGUUUCUUGAACCUAAUCACACAUAACUUCACCACAAGCUUAUGCUACAUUAUGUAUGCGUCAUAAGGUGUCCGACCUCAACCAACUUGUCGCAAUGUUAAGGCUACAGUUAAGAAUUUUGGAAAAGAGCAAAACGAAAAUUGGAGAAAAGGAAAACGGGUUCCUUUCGGGGAAACCUGUAUACGUUCGCCUGAAUUUCUCCAAGAUUGCGUCAAUGAUAUUGCUAGGAAAGGAUGUUUGCUUUGCUUUUUAACUGAGUUUCUGGAAGCUGUCUAUUAGCGAAAAUAGAAAACACAGAGACAACGAGUAAUCGAAUGGUUAACACAACCGCAACCACAUGAAAAUAUUUAUAGUAUUUUGUCUUCACGAUUCGGCAAACAACAAGAAGUGAUUGUAAUCAGUAAAUACGCGUGCAUGAUCUGAAAUCAAAUCUCUUUCUGGUGUGAAGUAUUUUUCGGACUCUGCGUGGUCUGUUAGCUUCUGUUGUUACGAACUCCAGCUUUUAUUUAGCAUUUUCGAAAUUCUCCUAUUUAGUGUUAUUAUUCUAGAUAUUUUCUCUUGAAGUUUAUAAUUCUCGUUGGGCUUAACGGGAAAUUUUCUUUAAAUAUAACUACAGACCACGUUCCGUUUGAAAAAUGGUUUAAUUAAUUCAGUCUUAAACUGUUGUAAGGUCAAACUUGAAAACUCAAGAGUCUUUUUUCUUUAAAAUUUCCUGUCAUGAAGACAAGAACCGCAAACAGCGAAAAGGGAAUUGCAACCGGUUAUUCAUAACUAUUUGAACUGUAGCAGACCCAAACGUUAUAGCCGUAUUUCAUGAAAAGUUCUUUAUUUCGAGUGUGAAGGAUUUGCGAUUUGUUGUGGAGCUCUUAAAACCCUUAUCAGUAAAUCUUUGUGUUUUUAUCGGCAUAUCUUAGAUUAUGCUACGCCUUUUAUUGAGUUUUUGAGAAGAAUCAGUCGGACGCAAGGGGAUCCGCAACAAUUCUACCUGUCAAAAAGAGAUUGUUGAUGCUAGAUAUUCUAUUAAAAUUGUCAUGUAUAACUUGCGAUUUAACCAAUUGUUUUUCUGUUUCGAUAACGUUUCACCCCCAAAACAUUCCCCUUUCCGCCUCCACACUUUUUUCAAGUAUUAAUCUCGCGUGACCUUUUUUUGAAAGGAGGGAUAAUUAUGACCGUCUUCCUGUAUUUUCUUUAUUGAAAAAUCAGGCGUUGAAUUUCAAAGUUGACAUGAAUCGUUCGUGUAAAGACGCUCAGUGCUGAUGCUCGUGCGACGAUCGGAGUUUUUGCCAAAGCAAGGAUUAUCCCCCUCGCUUGUUGCCAGUCGAAUGUUUUAGUGGCUCUCAACAAAGCUUCUGUUGUUCAUAAAAGUGCUUACAAAGAUUUCUUGGAGAAAAAAGCCAAAGCAAACGUGUUUACACUGGAGCUUGGAAAGAGGACUCGAUCUUUCAGCGUACAACUCUUCGCCACAGGUUCCGUACAUGUUUGUUUUUGUAAUCAAUACUAAAUUCUUUGCUGUGCAAAAAAUCACCGACCAAAAGGCGAAAUAAGAUCCAACAGAACUGUUCCAAAUGUUCGGAAUACUUACAACAUUACUCAUUGAUUCCUUUUCUUUUAAUUCCGAUGUUGGUUCGCCGGGUUUAUAUCUGUCAAACUGAGCUAUUUCACUCGUUUGUUGAUUAGUAACUACUCUGGUGGUCGUAUAGUAACAAUAUUAGAUUAUAUGCAAAUUUUGUCAGUGUUAUGUUUAACUCUGUCUCUUAAUAGUUGCCGAUGUAAAAAUUUGACAAAAAAAUUCCAAAUUUGUUCGUCAGAAUCCUUAGAUUUACAUAGCAAUAUGGAAAAGGUAUACAUUUGAAUGGUAACGCCAGAGCAUUGCGUCCACAGAUUCAGAAGUUACAAUGACAUACCGUUUCAUCAUUACUCGGUCCUCCUGUAAUUUAAAGGCCGGUUAUUGCCAGAAGGAAGUUUGGCGUGGGAAAAUACACCAAUCAGUGACCUGUCCCAAUUUGGUAGCGCAAAAAUUUUCGCUCAGCGGUCUAGGGAUAGAGUUCAUUAUAGCGUGCUUUCAUUGUAUGUAGGUCCUACACUCUAGUCUGUUACUCAAGUCUUUAAUUUCGUUAUAACCAUUCUGACAAAACUAGUUGCGUGAUCCUUACAGUACAUUUCAAAGGCUCUUAUGGAGAAAUGUUACCUUUUUCUAACUUUUUAAACAAUCGAUGAAAUUCUUUGGUGCGAUCAAAAACAUAACAGCGGAUAAUUUUCCACGAUACUUUCCAUUAUAUUUUUUUCUUUUCCAAUUUUUUCCACUUUAUCAGUGAUAAAAAAAGCUUUCAGCGAUCGCGGGAUUUGUAAUCGGAAGGGCACGUCGCGCGCUCGGAAAUCCCGGCUCGUGUGGCCUUUUAACUUUUUAUGGAAACAUGUUGUUUUAUUUCGCGCUUUUGUAAGUGAUCCCUGCUGUAAGUCUGCCGUCUCCUCCAUGGCGAAUUAGAAAUUCUUCGGAUCGUUUCAAAGAUCAAGUUACUGGCACAAAUACUAUCGGGCGGAAUUUCUUAGUUUACGCCUUUGAGCUUCAGCGCGCCUGUUCUGUUUGAUUUAGUGGUGAGUCUAUUACCGGCUGCGUAUGGCUAUUCUUCCACCGUUACGGUUCAACCGAAAUGGAGUGGGUAUUUACACCCCUCAGCACUGUAAGUGCGGUAUUUUCUUCAUUGUUUGCUUUUAGGAAGAUUUCGUGAAUUACGCAGAAGUAUUUUAUAUAUUUACCUUGAGUCAAAUCGACGGCGAUAAGUGCGUCGCAAUAUCUUGAAUAAGAUUGCUAUCACUUCCGUUGUAUUAUAACGUAAACUUUUCUUCUUCGAUGUUCCUCGCUAGUGAAAUAUGUCUAUGAACAACUUAAAUAAUACUUGUGAAAAGUUACCGAAGUCAAUAUUAUCUUCGUGCUAUAGAGGUUUGUGGGGGCAUCUUGAUGCACUCUGUUAUUGGAUUAAUGCUCCUUUGCUGUUUUCGGAAUUCUUGCUGUCUAACAGUUUUGCGUUUUCUUGGCGAAGACAGUGUUUCGGCAAACGUUUGUUAGCAGUUUUGUUUAUCGAAAAAAAUUGUAGCUAUUCGGAUACUUCGGCGGAAGGUUGAGGUUCCCGGCGUUGUGUAUUUAUUUUCUUAAGCUGCCACGAGUAGAAUUUCCAUGUGGAAAGGGUUGUAGUUUGAAAUAUCUCAGCUAUGUGUUUGAUAGUAAAUUCUGCAGUUUAACCAUUCGUAAGUACGUAAGUAGUUAUUCACUCAAUCCACUUCAUUGUAGAUCACAAGUCCGAUUACUCAAACGGCAAAUUUGAAGAGAGUUCAGUUACAGGAACAGGACAGAGCCACAGCCUGAAACGUAAGUGAAGAUUUGUAAACAAUUGAAAAAAACAAAAUUAAAUUUCAUUUUGCAAAAGCCUUGAAAUAAAUAUUACCUUGCAAAAGUGCUUCUGAAGAGGUUUCAUUUGAAUGGUCACACCGUAGGAUUUCAUCCACAGACUCGAAGCUAUCUUGUACAGCAUUUUUAACAGUACCUCAGGAAAGUACUGCUCAGUAGCUUUCAUUUGAAUGGUCACACCAUGGGAUUUCAUCCACAGACUCAAAAGUUGGAACCACCUUGUACAGCAUAAUAAACAGUACCACAGGAAAGUACUGCUCAGUAGCUUUCAUUUGAAUGGCCACACCAUGGGAUUUCAUCCACAGACUCAAAAGUUAGAAUCACCUUGUACAGCAUAAUAAACAGUACCACAGGAAAGUACUGCUCAGUAGCUUUCAUUUGAAUGGCCACACCAUGGGAUUUCAUCCACAGACUCAAAAGUUAGAAUCACCUUGCACAGCCUAAUAAACAGUACCACAAGAAAGUAUUGCUCAUUAGGUUCUAAUUUGAAUGAUCUUAUUCGAGAAUGUGUAGAUGGUGCGCUCUAAAAAUAGAAUGCUCUUCGUCACUGUCUAUGCAGCUAGCAACGUUCUUUUGUAAUAAAUAAAACACAAGAAGUGUUUUAUGUGGUAUAUGAAAUACCACGUAAUACGGCAAUUUACAAGAUGGUGUUAUGAGCACUUUAGGUUUCCGGGAAACUCCCCACCUACCCCUCCCCUAAGCUUACAUUUACACUUACUUCUCACUUAGGGCAGAAAGUUGGCUUUGGGGGGGUGGGUGGGCAUUUUCUCAGGAACCUAAAUUGAUGCUUCUUAUAAAAUGCUCUCUCUGUUGGUAACUUAUGGAGAUUUGAAAAUAUUACAAGAAGUAAUUUUCUCUCUUUUUGUUGGGUAGUUUGUUCUUUUUUGUGUAAUGUUGUGAGUUCAAGAAUCUUGAAGAAGAUACCGUUGGAUUGUGAUGUUCGUUUGUUCCGGUGGGUUAGUAGACUCCGGCUGUUUGCAACCAGAUUUUUCUUCGCGGAUUUUGUUUAUCUAGAAGUCAGGGCUAAUUUUUGUUGCAAACAUUUGACAAGAAUACAGCGAUAAACAUUUUUAUUUCUGAGAACCCUCUCGAGUUUAUCAGACCAGUUCCAUAAAAAAGAAUCACAAUUCAAAGCCCCAACGUACAUACGCUAAAGAAUUUUCUCACUACCGUAAUUCAGGGAAUUGUCAUUCAAAAGCUGUAGCAGACGGUGUCUAAACUCGAUACUAGACAAAAACCCCUAAAACAACAAAACUAUGAAUACAAAAAUGAGAAGAUGCACACGAAUUCAUUUCAAAAACAGAAAUGUUUUUCUUUUCUCUGUUUCUGUUAUUUAUUUAUUUAUUUAUUUAUUUUUUACGAAAUCUUGCUUGUGCAUAGCUGCACAUAUAUUAACAAUAGCUUCGACAUUACAGCUUGGUUUGUUUACAACAUUCUUCAGAGAUAAAUCAAGUGUCUAACUUUUAAUAGGUUUAAACCAGAGGUACCCCAAGCUCGAAAUAUGAGCAUCGGCGAGCAUCGGCAUUGUUGCGUAACAUGCAAAAUAUAAGGAUUUGUAUGGGGAAAAAACCUAUCGUUUCGGUAACCUACGAAAAUGAAAGGAUUUCAAUAAAAAAAAGCUUACCUUACUUAAAAUGUGUGUUACGUCUCUCCUGUGUGUUAUGGCCGUUUUAUGGGUUUUUAUGUAAAUAUAAAGGUUACCUUUAUAUACAUAGGAGAGGCGUAACACACAUUUUAAGUAAGGUAAGCUGUUUUUUAUGGAAAUCGUUUCAUUUUCGUAGGUUACCGAAACGAUAGGUUUUUUUCCCAUACAAAUCAUAUUUCGAGCUUGGGCUACCUGUGUUUAAACUCGAAAAUUAGUAACGUAUUUCUUUGCUUCGAGUAUCUGGAUAUAAUCCCAAAUGAAAAAUUCCCACGAAGUGUUUGUAGUUCAUUGGUUCGUUUAAAAUUUUAAGUCGUAUGUGUUCACAGUUGUGUAGAAUGGCAUCUACUACACUUUUUGUUUUGACCUGAUGUUGACACUUAAAUAAAAUGUUUUUUCUUGGUUCACCACUUACAAUUACAUAUAAAAUUGAUGAUCCAUUGGUGAUUAAAAUGUUUGUAAUACCUUUACAUGGCAACCGGGGAGGUAUUCUUGGAGUUUUGGGGUCGGGGUGUCCGAGAUGUGUUUUGAUUUCAGCCAUUAUACUACAACAUCAGAAAUUUCUGCAAUUUGAUUGGCUUAGAGCAGUGGUAUUUCAGCUUAAUUUGAAAUACCUACAUGUGAAAAUUACAAACCUUUUGUGGGUAGUAGUAUAAACAAAUAAUAGCAUGAUUUGUACGUGAUAUUUGGCAUAAAUACCACUUGUGAUAUUUCAAAAUUGUCUCAAAUUGUAUAACAAUUUCGACAUAUCACUCGUGGUAUUUAUGCCAAAUAUCACUACAAAUCAUGCUAUUACCUAUACAAAUUCAGGUUAUUUCCUCUAUUGAGUUUCAAACCUGAAGCGCUGUUGAUAAUAAACAUGACCGAUUCCAGGCUCUGGUUCUAUAGAACCGUAACCAUGGUAACCCUAAGCCAUUUCAAAUGCCAACCAAAAGUGGUUUGAGACGCCCGUACCUUUACGGCAUUAAUCAUACUGUAAGUAUAACAAUAUUCUCAAAUCUGUUUGGCUAUUAUCUAUCCUGAUUUCAGCACUAAUAAGACAGUGUUUCUCAUGCCUAAGUAAUUGCCAUCGCACGCGCGCACUUGAAUGGCUUUUUUUACUGAUAACCCCAAAAAACCCUCGGAAUUUCAUGUGUUUUGAUUUUAAAAAAGCCUAAAAUAUCACAAAUUUUUGUUAUCGUUAUGAUUAAUUAUUGGUAACAGAACUUCGUUUCGUCCAAUUUGGUCUGUAACCAUCCUCGUGAUUCAAACAGUUUUUGUUAAUCACUCCGUAUGAUUACAGAGCGAACUGGACUCCACUUAGUCCCAACCUUAUUAUGCACAGUGGUGAGUCCCCCCGGACUUGUUAAAACCUUUCUACCGCAGACAAAUAUGCUCUAAUUCUCUUUUUUGCUAGUUUAUUACUUUGCUCAAAUUUCAAAUUAUAUUGUUCUCCGCUUGUUGUUUUUUCUUCUUUUUUUGCAAAAGGGCAGACCAUCGUCUCCAUCAUGAUCCGAAUGAAUGUAUUUAGCUCCUUAGCUUCUUUUGUUUUGCAAACGGAAGUUCCUAUUCAAUUGCGUGAAACUAAAAUAUGCUCGAAAUACUUCCUCGUACCGGAAGUCAGCCUUUCGCCCUUUGACCUUCCACAGAGUUUAUGUAAAAUGAUGAAAUCCAGUGUUGUAAUCAUUCAAAAAAAUGGUAAUAACAUUGUAUGCUGUCCAAGGAGGUUCUAACUAUUGAGUCUAAAAACAAAAAUCUUAAUUAUGACCAUUGAUAAGGAGAUUUCAGUCUUCUAGCAUCUAAGAGCGAUGAAGUAUACGGGAAUUUUUCCGUUCAUCUUUUUGUCUUUGCUGAGCAAUAAGUACUACUCAGUAGCUGUCAUUUUGAAUGUGGUAUAUGAAUUCUUGCGGUACUGUUUACUGUGCUGUACUAGAUACCUAAGAUGGUUCUAACUUCUUUGAAGUCUGUGACUAUGAAAUUCUAUGGUGUGACCAUUCAAAUGAAAGCUACUGAGCAGUACUUUCCUGUGGUACUGUUUGUUAUGCCGUACAAGUUGGUUCCAACCUGUGAGCCCGUGGAGAAAUUCCUGUUUUUUUCUGGCUUCUUCGUUCUGGGUAGGAGACGGUUUACUGUUGGACACGUGCGCCCACUGUGACACGAUUAUGGGUGUUUUUAGCAUAUUUUCAAAACGAAAAUUAGCGGAUUUUUCCUUAAUUUUGGAACCCCAUGGAAAAUGUAGAUGAGUUCAUGACUCUGUGAGAGAGAUGCUUUGGCAACCAACCAUUUUUUAAGGUCAAAUGUGUAGGUGUAGUUGUUGUUAUCUAUAAAAGGCAGCACUUUGAGAAAAUAUUUGGCACGAAAGCGGAAAUUCACUCCCAGAUUAACCCGUAACCAAUUAUGGAGAUCAGAAAACUCGAGAGAGCAGUUUUGUUCGUUACUAAAAAGCACUUAAAAAUAAGGCGAUUUCCUGAUUGCUCGUUUCCUGAUUGUUCGUUUCCGAUAUGUAACAUAAGGAAAGAUAUCUCUCUAACAUAACCAUAAACAUAUAUUUUGAAUUACAUAAAUAAUUCCUUGGUAGGAAGGAUUGGUAAUCCUUUCCGUGAUGGUAAAAAUAGUACAUGAAUGUCAUUGAUCCUUUAAGAAGAUGUCGGAAAGUUGUCGGUCUUGCCGCUCUACCUUGAGAGUCAAAUACACAUUAUUUCCGUUCGUUGCGAUUCAUUAUGCUUUACAGGGUAGUUCUAACUUUUGAGGGACCAUUCAAAUGAAAGCAACUGAACAGUUCUUUCCCGUGGUACUAUUUAUUAUAUUGUACAAGGUGGUUCUAACAUUUGAGUCUGUGGAUCAGUGAAAUUCUAUGGUGUGACUAUUCAAAUCAAAGCAACUGAAAGUUCUUUCCCGUGGUACUGUUUAUUGUACUGUACAAGGUGGUUCUAACUGUUGAGUCUGAGGAUGAAAUCCUUUUGGUGUGACCAUUUAAAUGAAAGCAACUGAGCAGUUCUUUCCCGUGUUAACUUUUGAGUCUGGUAGACUGAGAGCAGUCUCUUUUAUUUAGAGUCGCACACAGGAAGGAAGGACAACUGCUCGCAAUCUUGGUCUACAGAUGUAAUUUUUAAAUGUGGUCAUUCAAAUAAAAACUACUGAGCAGUAGUUUCACAUGAUUCCGUUUGUUUCUUGUCAAUUCUUACAUAGCUUGUGAUUGUUAAAUUUUCCCAUUUCUGCUAGCGAAAAGGUCAGUAUGGGGAAAAUUCACCUCGGUUGAUCAAACUUUUGAUUCUCAUCAAUUAUUUAAUUGAUUCAGCAUUAAGCUGGUACUGUGAAUCUUGAUAAUAAUCACUCUCUUUUGAAUAGGUCCGCCUGAGUACGUGGCCGGCCCGGUGAAUGGGCAUCUGUACGCCCAAGUGGACAAGGCGUUCAUAAAGAAAGUCAGAUCCUUGAGUCUUGAUAGCGGCUCCCCAGUAUCGAUUGGCGCGGAGAAUUCUCACUUUUUUGAAAACAAAGCAAACACCUUGACACGGAGACAUGCGCACGGUUUUAAAAACGGAGAUAUUACAACUGCGGAUGUCAAGCUGAGUCAGCCUCGUCUACAGUACACUCCCGACAGUAUGCAAAACUCGACUGAGGGGGAGGUGGUGAGUGAUGAGGUCAAAUCUAUUGACAGGCUUUUGCUUGAGCUCGGAGAAUGCUCAGACAUUUUGGACUCAACUAUACAACAGGCCAAACCUAUUACAAGAGAUAGUGCUGUCUCUGCGCCUGGGGUUCCUGUGAGAAAUGCAAGCUUUAAUGCGGGUAUGCGGUAUCAGAGAAAUAAUGGUGUUCCUGUUGUAAGCCAAGGUCAGCACUUGUCAAGGUCUACGCCAAACAGAAGCCCUGUAACAUCGACAGCUUUUUCUCAAAGUUAUUCUUGGACUAGCAAUCAAAGAACGGAAAAAAAACCAAAUGGGAUCUUUGGAGAGUCUCCUUCGUUUGUUUUACAUGAAGCACCUAUAUCACAAACGUCUCCGCCGUUAUCACCACAAACGUCACCUAAAUUUUACGCCACGCAAAUUGCACCAAGGACCUUCAAAGCUACGACUUAUACUCACACGACAGUCGGCUACAACCCUUAUAGGUCACCCGGGAAUGGGGAUACUUCUUCGGGUGGUUUCGUCACAAACGGAGUGUUAUCGAUUGCUGACGACUGGACAUCGUCCCAUCCUGGUAAGCAAAGACGUGGGCCUCAGGUCUUAGAUUUCAAUAACAAUAAGUCUCCAAACGGUGUAGAGUUGUUUGAUUUCGACCAGCGAAAAGAUAUCGAAGACGCGGGUACGUUACCAGAAAAGGGUAAUGUCGCUUCAAAAGUAGCGCUGCUUACAGAUAUGUUUCAGGCUGAUAAAGUGCAACCGGGGCACCAUCAGAAUCUCCGAUGCCAGAUAAUACCGAUGCCCGGUCUGACCAGUGUUUCCCCGUCGGAGGUGUUUAAGGAGAUCUCUAAUUACAAUGCGCAGUCUCUGGCCCCUGGGGAACUCAGUCACUCCACGGGAACUCUCUACAGCAGCAAAUCACCGCCCAAGAAAAUUGUGGAACCGUCGAAACACGUGCAACCCGAAGAGCCUCCGCCUCCAGAAAUUGAUAUUAUGGCAGUCAAAGGGUCGCUCAAACAUGUCGCACCCGCGCUUGAGUAUCGGUCACAUGACCAAAAGCCAGGUACUUCAUGUUUUUCCCUUGUCACGCUAUGCAUUCGGUACCAUCCGUCAUGACAUCCACUUUCUAUGUCACGCAUGUUACUCGAUUUCUGCGCUAGAACACAAAAGUCAGGUUCUUUGUGGUUUUUCAGUGUCGCGCUGUCCAUUUCAUGACAUUUGAUCCACUGUUACAUUUCGCUACUUCGUUAUUACUUUAAUUCCAAUAAUUUUGGAUGAAUUUUGGUUUUGCACCUUUGAAGGGUAAAAGAUUAAUCUUUUUAUUACAUCCACUUUGAAAUCAGUGGCGAUCCGUGCAAUCUGAUUGGCUUUCAGCAGUGUGAUUUAUUUCUAAAUCGCACCUUUUUUUGCUCUAAGUCGCAUCUGUUCCAAAUCUCGUCAUUCAUGUUUUAAAUCGCAUCAUUUCUGUUUUAAAUCGCACCAUUUUUGUUCUAUAUCGCAUCAUUUCUGUUUCGAGUACAAAAUGAGGUGUAAAAGCCUUUUUGUUUCGGCUUUUUAACAAACCGGCUACUUGAUCAAUAAAAUAUUAGUGCUGACUGAAUUCUGCGAUUCAAAAUGGCUGUUAUAUAGUGGUAAUUGAACUACGUGUCGUGCAAUUUUGGUCUGAAAUCAUACUUGUGAUUUCGAAUCGAACUCGUCCUGCGUGAUCGUUUGAUUUUGAAAUCGCGCGUAUGACUUCAGACCAAAUUCAGGGGCACCCAACGUUAGUUUUUGGAAAAUAUCUGUUCGGAAGACGAUUUGAGAUCUAGAAUUUUCGAAACAUUUGUUGUAAAUUUCUUGCUUGCCUGCCUCUCCUAUGAUUUUCUAACAUCUAAAAAAUGGUAUAAUUACCCAUUUUUAACGGAUUUUUACCCUAAAAAGGUCACCUAGAAUUGUCGGAAGCCUUUUUUCUGACUGAAAUUUUCGAAAAGGUAAGUUUUGAUCUCUAUAAUUUUCGGAUCACUAGACUUUCACCUAGGAAAUCCGAACACACGAAAAAUUUUUGGGGGAUAAAAAUGUGCUUAUAUCUACCGUUUAAAUUUUAAAAUACGUUCGACAACGCUAUGUUUAACUGGUUUUGAACUAUAUUCUCGUUGGGUGCCCCUGCAAAUUGCACUCCACUCAGUUCGAUUACCAUUAUUUAAGCCUUCCGUGUGUACCUUGCUGGCUUCUAGUUUAGACUGCUAACACUGCAGUUUUUCAAUCAGUUCGUCUCGCGCUACAAUACUGAGGAAAAGCGAGCGGAGAGGAUUUGCUUGCUGGCACCACAGUCGUAAUAAACUUGAAUAGACUUUUCCAGCCUCGCAGUUUUCUCGAAACAAGUCAACUAGCGCAAAUCGUUAGGGAUUAAGAUUGCGCUUCCCCGCUCUCUCCCUUUAACGCUCCUCAAACACAAGUUUGAACAUUCGUCCAAAAACUCGUAACAUUUGAGGAUUUUGAACAGUCCUUUUUCAGUUUUGCAAGCCUUAAACGUGUGAUAGAGCUAUCUAUACUUGUGUGGCAUUGCGUGACAUUUCCUUACUUUCAUCACGCAGAUUUCAGCGAUUUGAGGAUUGUGAACAGUCCGUUUCAAUAGCCAGUUUACGUGUUACAGAGUUACAUAAACUUGUGUGACAUUGCGUUACUUUUGUCACGCAGAUUUCAUUGAGCAACAUGUUACCCCUAGUAGCAGUAUCGAUGGACUCAGUUUGGAUGAAGGCGUGGAAUCCAAAGGCUCCACCGACGAAACCGCCACAUUUGGAGUGUCACCAUCAGUGUAUGUGAAGAUUUCUUGUUCUGGCCCCGGUUGUUCAAACGUUGGAUAGCGCUAUCCACCGGAAAAUCACUAUCCAGCGGAUAAGUAUUAGGGAAACUAAUUACACUAUCCACUGGAUAGUGAUUUAUCCGGUGGAUAGCGCUAUCCAGCCUUUGAACAACCAAGGCCUGUAUUUUAACCCUUUUACUGCCAAAUGUGGCCAAAGGCAAAUUUUGACCAAAUUUGCGAAUUUCAUUUUCUAAAAAUUUUGACAAACAAAUAGCAUCAUGUGAAAGUACUGCUCAGUAGCUUUCAUUUGAAUGGUCACAUCAUAGGAUUUCGUCCAUAGACUCAAAAGUUAGAGUCACCUUACAAAACGCAAUCAAACACUCUGGCAGUGAAAGGGUUAACAAAUGGAUUACCGUAAAAUUCAGAAAAUAAGCCCCUCCAAAUAUAAGCCCCCAAAACCAGUAACUUAAAAAACCCUCCGUUAAAUCGCUCCUCAAAAUAUAAGCCCCCCGGGGGCUUGUAAUUGGAAAAUUGCCCUCAAAUACAAAGUAAAACAAAGCAGAAACGGUAAAUUUACCUCCAACUAUAAAGCUACAACCAGUUGCAAAAGUACUUGAGACACUGUACAAUGGCCUGUCCAUGAUCUUGUGCUUGUGAUCCCCCCUCCACCCCUUAUCAAAGUUGCUAGCAAUACAAGACCAUACUCAAAACUUAGAGGAACAACUUUGAAUGGGAGGGAGGAGGGAGGUCGGUAUUAUAUUUCACAGACCCGUGACCAGGAGCCAUUUGAAGCGAGAAAGGUCGUUUUUCCGUGGGAGUGUCUCAUCAUUUUUGCACCUGGUUGUAGCUCAAUCGAUUUUGAGACGCAAAUUUCCCUCCGUAGAUAAGCCCCUCCGAAUAUAAGCCCCUCCAAGAAUAAGCCCCUCAAAAAGGGCCUUUGGAAAAUAUAAGCCCCGGGGCUUAUUUUCGGAAUUUUACGGCAUUUGGGGAAUAACUCGGGCGUUUCUGGACCAUCAAAAAUCAGAAUUUUGAAUCUGUGGUUGAGGUCCUAAAGUUAGACCUUUCAAAUAAAAGCUUGUUAGCAGUUCUUGGUCAACGUGAUGCUUGAUUCACGGAACUUAUUGUUUUCUUCUUGAAAAUCACUUGAAUGGUAACGCAAUAGGAUUUCUCCCAAAUACUGAAAUUCCACUCAUUAGAAUCAAAGAUUACUACUGAUUAUUAUUCUCCUAACCAGGGUUCUAUCUAGGAUUUAUCGUUUGGAGGAGAAGUCCCGAAUGGCCGAAGGCGACGAGCUUCCUGGGGGGGUCCGGGGGCAUACCCCCCCGGAAAUUUUUUCACAUGAAUAUGCCCUGAGAUGCAAUCUGGCGCAUUUUGAGACACACUGUGCACUGACCUUGUCUCGUCUGGAUGAUUUUUCUGAUAUAGUCAGUUUUAUACUGUAAUGAUAACAUUUUUUUUUGGGGGGGGGAGCUUCUACCCCUCAAAUACCCUAGAUAGAACCCUACUAACGUUUUUCUCUGAAUUCAGCAGCAGUGAUGGCCAGACGGACUCAGCGUUUGGAGAGUCCAUCAUCAGCACGUCACCUUACUCCACACCGGUAGCGGGACACCUGUCGAACCGGUUCAACCACGUUUCGACCACUCUAGAGCACCAUGGCGAGGAAGCGGACGACGAAUUGCGCCAGCGAUCAGGAACCGAUCGUUUCCGAGAAAAUGCAGAAGUGCAUGCACAAGAGGCACGUGAAGAUGAAGAAGCGGGAUAUGCGAGGCUAGAGGACAUUUGCUCUGGGCAGUCCGGUCAGGCUAGCACACAAAGCAGGUAAAUAGUCACCCAUCCCACCCUGCUGCCAAACGUUGUGCGACAAAUUUUGUACGUUAAUUUCCUUUAUUAUAUAAACACCAAUGAAAUACCAGGUGAGCUUUCGCGCGAAAACUUGAUAUCUUCACAUGUGAAAAUAACACGUUAUCUUCACAUGUGAAAAUAUCCGUGCCCUUUGCUAUGGCUACAAGUGCAUGCGCAAGAGGCACGUGAAGAUGAAGAAGCGGGAUAUGCGAGGCUAGAGGACAUUUGCUCUGGGGAGUCCACACAAAGCAGGUGAAGAAUAAAAUAAAUAAGUAAAAUAAAUCGCGCCUUUCACACCAAAAAACUGUUAAAGUGAAAUGGUUUGGUAUUUCAUUGGUGUUUAUAUAAUAAAUAGAACAUUACAUGGCCGGUUGGAGAUACGAAAUUUCUCUUCUCGUGUUGAAAAAAUAUUUCACUCGUUGGCUGCGCUCACCCGUGAAAUAUUUUUCAACACUCGAAGAGAAAUUUCGUAUCUUCAAGCGGCCAUGUAAUAUCCUCUAUGUCUCACGCCCCAACCUUCCUUCUCUCACAUUCGCCCGUUUUGCAGCGUAGCUCGAUUAGUCCAUUUCCGAGUUCGUUAAUCACUCACUUUCAAAACGAGGCAAAGUGCAAAACCUUUCUUGUGAAAAUGAGUUUUAUUUACAUGAGAAGAAACAAUCAUUUUCAUACCUCAAUAGCUUCGCACUUAGCCUCGCUUUGAAACAGAGGCUUAGGGCAACCCGAUCAAAUGAUCAUAUAUUGUGUUUACAUUCUUAGCCCUGCAAGUGGUACAAGAAAUGAGAUGCAGACCACCCUAGUGAGUACAAGCCCAGUGGAUACUGUCAGAUUAGAAGAGAGUGGUGAGAAGAUAGUAGCUAAGGAUUCAUCGGCGGAUGUGGAAGCUAUUCAGGAUAUUCUAAUGGAAAUGGCUGAUAUGAGGUAUCCUGUUUAUCCUAGCUUACGUAGCAUCAAGUGAUACUGAAAUAGAAUGAUAUGUGUACCCUGCGAGCAGAGGUUUGUCUUUUUGCAUGGCUUUUAGCGUUUACGAAGUCAUAAACUAACUACGUGACAAACAAGUCUUGCGAGUGAGGAGGGAGGAUUGGCGUAAAUGUGAAUCUUAGUCUCUCUAUUAAUAGGGAUAAUAAGCCAAUUAAAAAACGAACAAGAAAAUGAUUACAAUGGUCAAUCAAGUGUCAUGAGUAUGAUUUGAUAACAAAUUAUUACGUAAAUCGUUACAUAAUGAGAUACACAAUCCAAUCCACAAUCCUUGCAAUCCGUUGCAACGACGAUAGGAAACAGUUUCAAUGCUUAAGUAUCGUCCCAAAUAACAAAACUGGACCUUUCGUUUUGGAAUUCAGUUGAUACGAAAAACAGUUUUAGCGUUUUGACAUAGUCCCCCCAAAAGAGGGCUUUUACGUGGAAUUUCUUUUAGUUAACAAAACGCACGAUCUUUUUUGUGGCAUUUCUUAGCGAGUUAAAGGCACCAUUGAUAAGUUUUGUUCCUAUCUUUGUAGCGUCAUCGCUCCUGAAUCAGCUCAUCUAAGCCGCUCCAGUACCCCACAUAGUAUAUCCAGCGGAGGACUGGAGAGCAGGAGUCCUGUGCUGUCUUCAGGAUCUGGUGUCUUUGAAAACGAGACACAAAGAAAGAAGUCCCAGCCUCAUUCCGACAAAGGAUAUGGCUCAACAACAAGCGUAUCUUCUGGCUCUUCAGGCGACAGUAAGUGAUAUCUUAUGGUAUCAUUGAAUCUCGUGUGACCUGUAUUCUGUUAUUUCCUUUGGGGUAACGGGGUCUUAAUUCAUGCUGGGUAGACUUUGCACUGACUCUAGACGUCAUCUGUAAAGUAGAUUUACAUUUGAAACAUGAUCACAUUUGCCAUUCCUUCCACGUUAAAGUAUUUAUUUUUGACGUUUUCAGAUGUUUUUCUAUCUGAAAGUCCAAAAGUCCCUGGAUUGAAGUUUGAUCGUGACACUUCAUCGUUUUGGUACAAGCCCAACAUAACAAGAAAUGAUGGUAGGUUCUCGCCAUGUUGGCAUUGUGUUUAAAUCUUUAAUAUCAACAUGCAUGUUCUCCACACUGACUCUCUAUAGUUCCUAUGGUAUUGAUGAGGAGAAUUUGUUUAACAAUCAAGACAUUUUUUGCCUGUUGAUGAGUGACCCUCGUAUUUGAUUAAGCACUGCCCACCUACCCCUCCCCUAAGCCAACAUUUUGCCCCAAGUAAGAAGAAAGUGUUAAGGUUGACUUAGGGGAGGGGUAGGUGUAGACAAUUUUACCAGAAACGUAUUAUGAUCCCAAAUUAGGUUGUGGUCACAUUCAUAAAAAGAAAGCGCCAUUCUUUCUUGUUCCGGUUAGGGUUUCUCGUUAAGGAUUGCUAUUUUCAGAGGUGAGGAUGGGAUGCGAAAAAUUUUCACUUUUAAAUAGAAUUUAGAUCAUCCUAAUACAUUUCAGAAGAAAUCGCCGUUGAACCGCGUCCAAGAAACAUGAGUGCAGGUUGUGUUAUGUCGUUGCAACGGAAAAUGUACUUAUAACCUCGUUGUCAUUCAUUUGUCCUCAGCUAUCUCCAUUCUAAGAGACUCGGAACCAGGCUCUUUCGUCAUCCGGGACAGUCAGUCCUUCCCAGGAGCCUUUGGUUUAGCUGUGAAAGUGGCGGUGCCCCCCGCUCACGUAUUGCAGGGGCUUCAAGGAGAUAUGAGUAAGUUGAAAAUACAUUCCAACCUCGUUCCUAGCGGUUUUCCUGGCGACAAGGUUGAAACACAUCCGUUACGUCAAGGCUGGGUUUCACUAGCUACGGGGUCGGAGUUGUAAUCAGAAGAGUAGAACUUUACGAUCAAGUGAAAACUAGGUUGUUCGGAGUAGCAACAGAAGCGGAAGCCCAAUCACAAAGCGUCGGAACGUGCAUUGUGAUUGGUUAAUGCUUCCGCUUCUUCCGAUUUCACUAGAUCAUGACGGAACAAGGCGAAGAAGUCAUAAGCGAAGUCGGAUGAAAAUGGAAACGUUCUGAUUCAUCCGACUCCUAUUCUGACGCCCUUGUGACUCUGCUUACGACUCCGAUUUUUGAUUUUCACCGAGUCAUAUUAAAGCGCUCUUAUGGCUCAGCUUACGACUUCGACUCCGACUCCGUCGCUAGUUAGCCCUCCCACCCCUAAGACCUUCCUUAGGGGUAAGAGGAAAGGAGAUUUUAGAGGGGGAGAGGAGAGAGAGAAAGGAAGUUUUUUCACUUUUCGCUUCUCCCCUCGGGGAUCCGAGAGGGAUUAAUUGAGGUUUCUGCGUAACGGACCACCUACCCCUCCCUUAAGUCAACAUUAAUACUUACGUCCCACUUAGGGCAAAAUUGUGAGUUAGGGAGGGGUAAGUAGUCAGUUACCGAGAAACCCAAAUUGGUCUUCUUCUUCUCCCCCAGAAACACCCGAUACUCAGUUUAAAAAGCUACAUAUUACAAAUCUUCCGAAUUCCAUCCCUAGCAAGUUACUUUAUAAAUGGUACACUUAAAAAACACAUCGGCUUGUUUUCUAAUGUAUACGAUAAUAAUAAAAUAAGCUUCGUAGAGAGAUUUCCAAAUCAAGAUUCAGAUAAAAUGUUGGAAAUUAUAAGAAAUAUGCAGCAUAACUGUUACGGGCAAAUAGGAAUAUCAGGAACUAUUCUGGAACUUCGGAAUUAAGUUGAGUGUUUUCUUCUGUUGUAGCUAAAGUUGACCUGGACAAUGAACUUGUGCGACACUUUCUUAUCGAGACGACAAAGAGGGGAGUUAGAUUAAAAGGGCUGAAUGAUGAACCCGUGUUUGGUAAGUCAUACUACAGCUAUACUUGUAUUGUGUGGUCACCUUUAGGGAUUGGUCAACUGACUGCUUAAAAAAGGGUUAACCGUUUAAUAUAGGUGACAAAAUGUACAUUCUUUAAACUAUACUCUGCGAUUUUCUCACGGUUUAUUUCUUAUAGUUUUGUGACAGUCUUUUGUGUUUUCUUUCUGUUUGUUGCUUCAGGGAGUUUAGCAGCGUUCGUUUAUCAACAUUCCAUCACGCCCCUUGCCUUGCCCAUCAGACUAACCAUACCUUCGUGGGGUAAGUUAACAGUAACGAGGAGGAUGUGUAGGCCAUUUUGGUGGCUGCGAUUUGUCGGCCGAGUUUGGAACGAUUUACAAAGAAAACAUUGUGAACAUACAAAAACACAAUGUGAUAUUUUCGGCGCGUUAAUUUGUAGCGUGUACCGUGGGUGCCUAAUUCCAGAUACCGUGGAAACCUCCUAUAACGAAGUGCUACGGUGCCGAAAUGAAAAAAUUGUUCGUUAUAGCGGGGUCGUCGUUAUAGCGAACGCCCCGUUAUAACGAAUUAUUGGGUUAACAGCAAAAACUGAAUAUUCGUUAAAGUGGGGUGAUUUGAUAAAUAACAAUUACCAAAAAUUUAAUACUGCACGUAGAAAACGUUAUUUUUAUUCAUUUGAUACUGUAAACUGUAAGUGUAAAGCGCUGGCAAUCAAGACAUCAAAUUCAAAAACACUUUCAAUUAAAGCAAGCUGUGAUUUCCACUCAAAUCACUCGUUUUUGCUAACUGCUGCGAGCGACCGGACAAAAUUUUCGUUACAGUGGGGUAAAUUGUGCGUUGAGACCGUCAAGAUCUAUUCGUUAUAGCCGGGGUUCGUUUCCACAUAUUUUUCUUUAAUUCUGCCGGGCUUUCAGAUGUUUUUCGUGAUAACGGGGUCUUCGUUAUAGCGAGAUUCCACUGUAGCUCGUCUCCUGUCUCAAGAGUUAAAUCAGACCGUGCGCACUAAAGUCAAUUUUCAACGCAUCUUAAUCUGGUGUUACUGUGGCACUAAGGCAGAGAUUUUCGAGCUAUCACAGGCGACUGCAAAUUAGCCGCCCCUAUUAAUUUUAUCAGGGGCACCUCGGCCGGGAAGCUAGACUCCUUUCGACUCGAUUUCGUUUUCGUAAUUUAUCUGUAAUUGACGAACGCGGAUUCGUAAUCAGUGAUUACCUCUCGUCUCCUAACAUUGAAUACAUAGUACAGAGAAAAUUUGGUGAGAAUUAAUAGAAUGGUCAUCUGAUGUGAAGAGCUUUGAUGUACAAAGAAAUUCUCUUAACUAAUUCUUUAAGGAGAUGUAUGUAGAUCGAUCUGGAAAAUUUGUAUUCGGAUAUUGGGGCAUGCGCACGGGGUAUUUCAUCCUAGGUAUUUCUACAAAGGACCUCUGUAGCCAGGGUCCGUAGCGUGCUCCUGUAAAGUGACCGUUAUUUUGAGGCUAUUGGGAACCGACGGUUCGCGCUGACAGAUCUUAUCGUGUAAAUCAGCCAGCUUCUGGGUGACCACGAGAGCACUGUAAACGCUCCUUUGGUCAUUCCAUAUUUUCUCUCUGCUGUCCACUUGUUAGUGUAUUUACAUGUUUUGAGUUUGUUUAUAUUUCUUUUUAUUUCCAGACCUCUCAGGGGAAGAUAAAACCCACUCUGCUGACACAGAGGACGGUCAGUCGUGGCCAAAGGGUGCAGGUAUCUGUCGCCACGGUUGUUGUGUGAAACAUUUUCAUUUUAACGACGUCUCUGACUCUGUAGCAGUUUCUAAUCACUGAUGUAUGCUGCGUGUUGUUGGCUAGCUAAUAUAUUGCACUAUCCUCGCUGAGAUUUCUGCGAACCACCUCACUUAUGUCAAGGAUUGCACACUUUAUGAAAAGUUUGCUUGCACUGAUUUGUUCUGUUUCUUUUUUCGACGUAUAGUUGGUUCGCUGAUGUAUCUGGGGCAGUGUAAUGUUGAGAUGCUAACAGGUGCAAGCGCUAUUCAACGCACCGUUGAACGCUUGUCAACAGAGGACUGUGCUAAGAAAUUCACCACUGUAAGCUUCAAGGUUACACCUCAAGGAAUGACAGUGACAGACAAUGAACGAAAGUAAGAUUGGCUACCACUUCCUCACAAUACCAUCUCCUCAAACUUUAUACCAGUGUUAGAUUUGUUUUGUUCCAUGAAAUACCUCCUUUAUUGACUACAUAACAUAGUAUUACAUGUGUUUGGUUCCUCAUAAUACCACCUCCUUAAACUGCAUACCAUAAUACACUUUGUCAUAAUAACUAUAUGCUGUAUUCAUCACACGUAUCUUAUUUUUCCUACGACAUAUUAAACCCUUCCUGUAUUUUUCUCAACAGAGUGUUCUUUAGACAGCAUUUCCACAUGAAGUCUAUUCUUUACUGCGGCAUAGACCAUAGCGACAAGAGGUACUAUCAACUCUUUUUCUGAGAAGAAGUUCUUUGUAAUGAGAUUAAAGUUUCUUUAAGGGUUAUCUUGAAAUCUAACUUGUUUGUUUUUUCUUGUAGAUGGGAAACACCAACCUACUGCGGGAAAUCAAAGUAAGUUGGUUCUACUGCGGUACUAAAUUCCUGCAGUCUUCACAUUACAAUUCCCAAGAUUUUUUUAUCCUCUAGAAUUAACAAACACAAACACCGCCGCAAUCCCUUACCUCUACCUUAAUCUUACGUUCCCACGUGCCUGUUUUGAAUUUUACUAUUCAAUCCUCAAUCUCGCUCCUCCAAAUUGUAAUCGUCCUGUUUUAUUUUCAUAUUGCUAGCUCAUUUGGUCUCGUUUUACGAAAACAGGAGGAGUACACAAUGAAUGCUAUCUAUUUCGAGAAAUUUCCAAGGACUGGCCACCCAGUAUCCUUGUUAAUAUACUAAACAGAUCCAUGACGUCAUCAACGUAACGCAACGUCACGUCUCACAACAAAUGUUCGGUAUUGUAACGACAUCUUCAUAAUAGCAGUACGUAAAGGUCGCGUUAUCGUUAUCAACUGAUAUAUACAUCUGUGAGCUCAGGUUGAUGCCUCUGCGGUAAUGAAGUAACAGAAAGGAUUAAGCAUAAAGCUACAGCAGUAAACAGAUUUCCACUGGAAGGAUUUCCUGCAUAUGAAAAACUGAGCUUUUCAAAGGGAUAAAUUCUAACUUUCUUCAGGUCAGGAAUAGAAAACUGCAAUGAACAGCCUGUUCAUGUUGAAUAAUGUUGAAGAAAAUGCACCAUAGUUGAGGGUCGCGUUUGGGAAGCUGUGAAUAUUUAAGGGCAAGUCUUGCAUACAUCGACCUACAUCUAACACGUGUAUGAAUAGAGAAUUUUCGAGAGGAAUUUGAUAUAAUUUUAUAUGUAAACAUAUAUGGCGCAAUAUUUGCCACAAGUAAUCUCUUUUUGGGAGACACAAUUUAGCCGUAAGAUUGUCAAAGUAGAAAUACUAUAACAGAAUACAGAUAUAUCUAUAUAUAUAUUUUACGCCUUGUUAUUGAAAUUGCAUGAUCGGUACUUGCGAAAAAAGAGUUGUUCUCAUGACCAGGUCUCCCUUAUCAAGAAGAUCGUAAGGACGGUAGAAGCACCUUAAGGAGUAGCCUCUCUCGUUGAAGGUUUCCACUUCAUCAGGGACCGUUCAUUUUUUAUGAGAGAGGGGGGGGGCUGGUGGGAUUUGGGGGGGGGGGGCACUCGAAAAAAAUUGGCUUGAAAGGGGGCCAGCCGAAAAAAAAAAAAAUGAAGGAAAGGGGGGGUCGGACGAAAAAAAUUAGAUUAAAAAUAGGAUAAGAGAUGUUUACAAAUGGAAGAAAAAUUGUGCUCUUUUAUUUAUAACAAAUAUGCUAAAACAGUUCCAGGGUAACAAGAAAACUUCUCAACAGCUUUUAUAUUUUAUAAGGACAGUGAACAUACCAUAAUAACAGUCUUGAAUAGCAACAACUUUCUUUUCAUUCAUAAAAAUGUUGUUGUCAAGCUCAUAUAAUUAAAACCAAUAAUGUGAGUCCCGAAUUGGAACUGACCUCGUUACCAGAGCUUUUCUCUGAGAAAUUUAAUGGGAGGGGCAUGAAACUACUACGAGGUGUCCCCUUCCUCAUUUUCGACGUUCUCUUCGAUCUCGUCGUCGCUGUGUUCCUCUUCUUCUUCUUCCUGUUCUUCUUCGUUGUCUUCCUCUUCUUCCUCUUCUUCGUCGUUUUCUUCUUCCUCUUUGUUCGUGUCUCCGACGUUUGAGCUACAAUCUUCAGGAUGCAGGAAGCAAUACAUCCUGUUUCUUACUUCUGGCUUAAGGUUGGUAAUAAGCCUGCUUUGUGCCGCGUUGCUGAAGUAGCUUGAUUGCAGUAGGUGAGCGAUGAAUGCUGCAUCCCGUGUUAGCAACAAUGCUGCUACAUCUUCAACGUUUAUGCACGCUUCCGGAAUUGUCAUGGAGGGAGGAUAAAGAAGACAGUUGGGAAGCUCUUUUGCAAGGGGAUUUGCAACGCAGAUAUGAUACACGCGUAGGACGUUGUUUUCAAACCGUUUGCGUUUUCUGCCCUUUGAUUUCCUACGGUUUUGUUUUAAUUUUCUUUUUUUUGACACGUAGUGUCCUGUUAAACCCUUGAAGACCUGGUCAAAGGUCUCCUUCUUUUUUUCGAGGUUUUCUAAUUCCCCUGAAACCUUGAGCUGCUUUGCCUCAAUCCUAGCGAUGUGCUGCACAUUGAAGUCAUGGUGGAAUUUCUUGUCAGGCUUCAGGGUAAUGCCAUUCGCAAGGGAAAGUAGGAAGGCAAGAGAAAAGUCCUAUGAUGAUUAUCAUUGGACUACUUUGUGCGAAGAUGCCGCCAAGCUAAAAAAGCUCCGUGUGCCAGAAUUGAACAAAUACUUACAACAUCAUGGGCUAUUAAAACAGCAUCAGAAGAGCAGCAAGAAUGACAAAGUGAAGACAAUUAUGGGACACUUCCUGCAGAUGGAUACUCUCAGAACAGGUCAAGCCGAAGUGAGAGGCAGCAAUGAAUCAGGUCAACUAGACAGCAGUGGUGAAAGCAGUGAGGGAGAAGAAACUGAUGACGAUUACAAGAGUGAUGCCCCUGACUCUGAAGACGACUCAAAUGAUGUCGUUCUUGCUUUUAUCGCCUCAGACGAGGAAUAUGUAGACGAGCGGCCAGCUACAACACGCUCAGGACAAGCAGUAACAAGAAGAGCUGAAAUUUACUUUUCAUUCUUUUGUGUGAGGAUUUGUUAAAAACAGCUUUCUAGCUUUCAGCUUUCUUUCACUAAGUUACGUGAAAUGUAACAAAACGAAAUUUUAAGGUGGCUCCGUAAUUGAUACAAGAGCAUUUAGCUGUGACAAAUUUUCCGUCAUAACUUUCCGAUUUUAACGCGAUGGCUGCGAAACUUUGCAAAGAACAACAGAUAUCAUUCGGCAAUAAUACGAAGUAUUCCGAUUUCAUUGAUGGUAAAUAUUUCUUGAGAAAUUAGCGCUUAAAAGGACCCUACUGUUCAAAGAAAAUCGCGUCUAGUAAAAAAUUUUGCUGAUAUUUUUCACUGAAAUUUCUGGUAUCGGCUUUAAUUGAUAUAAUAAAUAUGCCAGAGGAAUUUCAGAAAAAUCGUUGGAGCAGAAGUCCGUAACUAAAAGUCGCUCAAAAUUCAGCUGUGAAAUUGUUUUGGAAUUUCAAAAAUAAAUUACUAACGGGUAGAAGGAGCCACCAGUUUGAAUUUUCGAGACAAGUAAAUUCAACGUUUGCUAAUUCUUAAAACAAAAGCCGAUUGCCUAUCGUGCUAUUCUUUAAAAGGUACUGUUUAGUUGUAGAAGCACUAUAAAUUGCUCCAAACCUUGCUCUGAGGUAGAAUUACUUGUUCUUCGACAUUUUUAAAAUAUCCCAUGGCAGUUUUGGUUCAAACUCCUGCUGCAUACAUUUUGAUGUAUUGCAAUGCAUUUUCAACGACUUUUACUGCUGUUCGUUGCUUCCAACUCAGGAAAAAAGUAUUGAGAUUGGACGCUACCUUGUACCAGAGCUCAGAUAGAACUGUCCAGCACCUUUGUUUAUGACUACAAAAUGAGCACGAGCGGCAGUUCUGCGAGGAAUUCGCACCUCACCCAGGGGGGGCGAACGACAAUGAUGACCAUGCCUGUGAACCGAAUAACAUCACAGUCCAAAAUAGAAUUAUCGUAAAAAUACUGCCCGUGAAUAAAUUUACAACUCUGAAAUUUUUGUCACUCCUUCCUUCAAUGAAUGGGUAUUUUUUCCUUGAUUAUUAUGUUUUGCUCUGCAAUACAUGUUUAUACAGAUCGGUUCACAGACAUGGGCAUCAUUGUCAUUCGUCCCCCCUGGCUGAGGUGCGAAUUCCUCGCAGAAGUGCCGCUCGUGCUCAUUUUCUGGUCAUAAACAAAGGUGCUGGACAGUUCUAUCUGAGCUUCGAUACAAGGUAGCUUACAAUCCCAAUACCUUUUUCCUGAAUUGGAAACAACGUACAGCAGGAAAAGCCGUUCAGGAUGCAUUGCAAUACAUCAAAAUGUGUGCAGCAGGAGUUUGAACCAAAACUGCCAAGGGAUAUUUUAAAAAUGUCGAGGAACAAGGACAACAAGUCAUUCGACGUCAGAGCAAAGUUUUGGAGCAAUUUAUAGUGCUUCUAAAACUGAAAAGUACCUUUUAAAGAAUAGCACGAUAGGCAAUCGGCUUCUGUUUUCAGAAUUAGCAAACACUGAAUUUACUUGUCCCGAAAAUUGAAACUGGUAUCUCCUUCUUCCUGAUAGUAAUUUAUUUUUGAAAUUCCAAAACAAUUUCACAAAAUUUUGAGCGACUCUUAGUUACGGACUUCUGCUCCAACGAUUUUUCUGAAAUUCCUCUGGCACAUUUAUUAUAUCAAUUAAAGCCGAUACCAGAAAUUUCAGUAAAAAAUAUCAGCAAAAUUUUUUACUAGACGCGAUUUUCUUUGAACAGUAGGGUCCUUUUAAGCGCUAAUUUCUCAAGAAAUAUUUACCGUCAAUGAAAUCGGAAUAUUUCGUAUUAUUGCCGAAUGAUAUCUGUUGUUCUUCGCAAAGUUUCGCAGCCAUCGCGUUAAAAUCGAAAAAGUUGUGACGGAAAAUUUGUCACAGCUAAAUGCUCUUGUAUUAAUUACGGAGCCACCUUAAUGCACCAACUUUUUUAAUACCUUAUGUACUUUUUUUAUUUAUUGGGGGAGGGGGGGGGCCUUCCAAAAAAUUACUGUGAUGAAGGGAGGGGGGCCAUGCGAAAAAAAUCGGAAAUGGGGGGGGGGUCAUACAAUUUUCAAAUUACACUCCUCCAAAUCCCACCAGUCCGCCCUACCCCAUAAAAAAUGAACGGUCCCUGAGACGUCGGCAUAGGAGGCUACUUUACGAGCUGAAGAGCGUCCUUGAGGAUCGCACCUCUGGGAUGACAAUUUCAUUUUGGAUCAUUAUACGUUUCUGGGAAACUGCCCACCUACCCCUCCCUAAGCCAACAUUAACAAUUACUUCUCGUUUAGGUUAAAAUAUUGGCAAAGGGGAGGGGU